AGGACCACCAUGGUAGACCGAAGGCCUGAUGGUGAAGCGUGCCGUCGUGUGGUGCACUUUGCUGAACCGGGUGCUGGCACCAAGGACAGGGCUCUGGGCCUGGCGCCAGGAGACAGACUUGUGGAGAUCAAUGGGAUCAAUGUUGAGAACAAGAGCCGGGAUGAGAUCGUGGAGAUGAUCCGUCAGUCUGGAGAGACCGUGCGACUAAAGGUGCAGACCAUACCGGAGCUAAGUGAGCUGAACCGCAGUUGGCUGAGAACCGCACAGCGCCAGCUAAGUUUUGGUGUAAGUACUUAUAACACUUGCAGACACAGUUGCCAAAUCUGACUUAUUCUGAGUCUCCAUUCCAAGUGCAUAAUUUCAUUUAGGAGCUUUUGGGUUGGUUAUGAUCCUUUGGCUCUUGUGACAUUUUUCAGCUUUUUGAAACUACUUUGAUUGCACUGAGAUUUUCAGGUAACUCUCAUGAUUGUGUUCUUGACUGAAAACAAUUCCAAUACCUCAAAGUUGUGACAUAACCUUUACUUAGUACAAAUUCAAUCCCACUGUGUCUCUAAGUAUACAGACCUUUAUUUUUUAAGCUUUGUAUUACAACACCAGCUCUACACCCAAAUACAGCGGUGAGGCCUUCAGCACAGAACGCACCAUCUUUCACGGGGAUUUGUCUCUAUAAAUUAUUGCCAAGUUGUUGGAAUUCAACCAAAAUAUCUUUUAUUUUUCACACUUUCUUGAUUAACUUGGAUUUUCCUCCUCAAUGAUCUCAGUUUUGGGAAUUUGCUAGUGCUUGAAUUUGAAUGUCUACUAACAUUCACCACAUAUAAAUAUAGUUUUCCUCUUCCCCACAGUAUGUUUGCACCGUAAUGGGUUUGCUCUCUAUCGUCAUGGGAUAAAUAACUUGAAACUAGCUCAUCUACAAAUGAAUGUUAUUGAGCAGUAGCUGUCUGGGGCAGCCAUGGUUCAUCCUUAGUGGCAGUAAAGUGUAAUUUGUUGAUUAGGCCAUUGUUUUUUUGUGAGGUGGAAAAAAACAGGCCCCUAGCUACCUAAUUUUGCAUUCUAAAAUACAAGGUUUUAUAUUUUCUACUGCUUCUUUUUCUUUGUUAUCCACAUACCUUUGUUCAAUAUUAUCAUUAACUCUAGCUUCUACCAGCUGUUCUUCCAACUUCAAUGUUGAUUUUCUUGAAAUUUAUGGUUCUGUUUUCUGUAUAGUGGAUUAAAAAUGUCUGGAUGGAUGGAUGAGGCGGCAAUGACACCAGCAAUGUGCUUUUGUUCUAAGGGUUGUGUGUGUGUGUGUGUUUUGAAAGAGAAAAUGUGUUCUGGUGUAUAUAUAAUCCCCCCCCUCCCUCCCCCCUGGUCCUUUGAGAGCAAACAAUAGGACGCUGAAGGAUACAACGGCCCAAACGCCACCGCAGCUCAUGGCCAUAUGGUCUGUAAGACUUGGCUGGUCGCCCACUGAGUUUCUUUUUCACCUAGAUAAUCAUGUGCAACAAGAAGAGGAGUAUCAAGUUCAAGUCUUUCUUAGAAGACAUGACAAACACCUGAAUUUAAGCUUUCUCUGGAGUGUAGAGUUUGAUUUAGCUUAAAUACAGUUUUGACCGUGUGUGAGAUAAACGUUGGUUUAGGGUUGGGCGGAAAAGUACUACUUUGAGUUAUAUCAGAAGUUUAACCAGAACUUUUGCUCAUUCUUUGAUUGCUUUUCUUGUGUGUGAAUAUUAUACGCUGUUAUACGGCUUACAUGUAAAUUGAAUUUCAACCAUUAUUUAACCUUGUUAUUGAGAAAAUAUGGAUUCAUUCCUUUUUCCCUACUUGUGUUAGUGUUUUGAUCAGAUCAGCUUCUUUGCAAUAGUGAUUAUAUAUUGAAUUUGGCGCCUGAAUAACUAAUGCGUCUUAAGCUUUUGUGUAAUGAGGGAGAUUUUCUACAUUGUUUAGGGUUUGGACUAGGUCAGAUUUACUCAGCAGUUGUGAAGGUUAAGUAUUUAACCCAUAUUAUGGGGCCAUACUAUGAUUGUUGUUGUUGUGGCAUUUUAAGAAGGUGUAAACACUGUGUAGGCUCUUGGCUUUUGUGCUGAAACCAGGGCAAUUUAAGUGUGACAGCAGAGACGCUUGAAAUACCAAUAUACAAAAUACCAGUCCUGCUUGUGUUAUUGUUUAAGCCAUGUGCAUAAAACGUUCAAAGAUUAUUAUAUGUAUUUUACCCAUACCGUUUGUAUAGUAAUGGCUGUCGAGGAUUACAUAUUAAAUUUCACCUCACAACUUCAGGUGUAAACUUGAAUGUGCUCUGUUUGUGUUUCCCUGUCACUCAGUGCGUUAACUGUUGCAACCACAGUCAUGAAAUCAAUCUUUUCACAGCCAGACACUCAAAUCAUUUACAUUGUCCUACAUUCAUCUGAUCCGAACGAUCACCAUAAGACAGGCCAUCUAAAAAGGCAGAAAACGUUCAUGUGACCCAGAACCAACAGCACUAUAAAUAGGUGGUUAUAAUAAGAUCUGAUUUCUAGAUCAGCAGCUCUGCAACACAGAGACAUAUUUGUGAGUGAAUGUUCAGAGCUGAAUUCUUUUAACCGUUUGUAAACAGUUGAAGGAUGUAUAGAUUUUUUCCCAGCCAAGUUUUACAUCAUGAUGUUUUAUUUGAUUUGUAACUUACACAUCAAUGUAAUUCUUUGCUUAGCCAAGCAUAAACAAUGACAGUAGAUUGAAAUAACCAGCUAGUCCAGAGCUAGCACCUCUUAAACUCAGUUAUCAAGACAUUAUAUCUCCAUCCCUGUUGUGAUAUCAAGAUCCAGCCAAGAGCUUAGGUUUUGUGUCAUGUUUUGGGGACAUUUAUUAACCUACAUAAAGAUAUUAUAACCCAAUUUGUGAUAAUAUUGUUUCUAUGCAAAGAAAAAAAAAGAAAUAUUGAUUUAAAAAGAAAAAUAAUGGAAUAAUUGAGUUGGACCUCCUAUAUGAAGUUUCUAGCGAGUGUCAAACUGACAUGAAAUACAUGUAUUGCCUUUUUAGUGAAAAAAGGAGGAUUCUCGACACUGUUUCAGUCACAUAGACGUCCUACACCCACAAAUUCCUAAACGGUUGGAGUUAAUUAUUUAACCAAGUUCAACAACUCAAACCACUGACCACUGAUUAAGUACUGCUUCUUGUGACCAACUGAGCAGACACCUGGCAUAAUUGUCAAAAAUCUUUUAUCAAGGAACAAAACUAGAUCCAAACUACACAACAAAUCACCACGACACAACUAUUGUUGUUGUUUUUUGCUUUACACAGGUGUAAAGAACAACCUUCAUGGUGAUGCCAUCCAUAGCACUUCAAGACUGUUAAUUCAAUGAAUUGUCUUAAUUUGUAGAAAAAGUUAUGUAAAAAUAACGCCACCAAAACAUAAAAACACAAUUUGAUGCAAAGUUGGACCACAUGUGUUUUAUUUUCCAAAAGGGCAAAAAAUAGAAGAUAAAAAAAUAUAUAUUAAGUGUUCAAAUGUUAAGUGGAGGUAAAGUGAUCUGUUUUAAGAGAUCUGUUGUAACUGAAAGUGUCACGGUGCUUGAUAUUAAUAUCGCUAAAUGUAAAUCAUUUUAGGUGUAAUAUGUAUUUAUCUAUUGAUUUAUUUCUCUGACAAAAUUAUUGCAGUAGCUGGAUGUGAGCUGGUCAUUUCUGCCUGAUCUGAUUUAUCCGCUGUGAUUAUCCCCCCUUGUAUCCGGUCGAGAUCAGAGGAGCUGGGCUAUUUCUUUGCUUGAUGCGGCGCCUUCCUGUAGUCAUGUCAUCACUGUUAUGUUGUCAGGCAACCAGCUGUGAUUUCUGUAACUGAAGAACUGCCACAAUAAAGAAAGAAUAAGAAGCCUGUUACUAAACAACCAACUUUUCAGGUCUGGUAUCUUUUGGUCUGUUGUAUUUUUCUGUUUCUAUGAGUUUAUGCUUCACGUGUACCAACAGAGUUUUGCUCUGAGCUCCAGGAUACAACCUUCACCUUUACAUGCCAGUCUACAGGGCUGAACAAGUAUCCCUUUAAUUAUGUAAUUAUCUUAAGCACCAAAUGAAUAUCAGUUUACCUUUUUGCUCAUUACUCCCAAGAAGAAGAAAUAAUACUUUUGUUCCUUGUUUGCACUAAUUGGCCAAAGAAGAAUAGCUGAGCUCAUGAACCUUUUGUCCAUUGGGUGGCAGCCAAAUUCCAUGUUACACGUUACGUGAGACCACAACAAGCGUUCGUAUAUUUUUAUCAGUUUUUCCCCUAAUUUUGAGUGUUUUCCCUGAUUUAGUGUUAGACAUCCUGCUACAGGAACUUCACAAACGGAUGAAAAAAAAAAGCCGCUGUUUGAGAUGUUAAAACAGGAUUUUAAACCAAGAAACAGUGAAACUAAUACAUGAUAUUACAAGAGGAGAUUUUGUAGCAUCCUUUUGUAGCUUUCCCUUUUUUUCUGGGAUUUUUCUCUUAGUUUAAACAGAGGAAAGUAUUCAAAGUGUUAAAAAACAGACUGGUUGGGAAUUGGUGAAGAAACAGCUAAUCAUAAGAGUGUAAACAAGGCUCAUCGGAUUAGUCCGUACAUGGGAAUUCUGCUGUACUCCACAUGAGAAGUUGCACAGUGUUUAAGAGAGGCUGAGUCUUUUAAUUGAUGCCUCAGACCUCUGUAGAGAGGCUUUCCAAUAUUUCAAUUUUCCAGCUGGUUUAGGGAAAUCAAUUGGCCAGGGGGGGAUUAUGAAACACCAAUAUGAGACACCAGUUUUUCAGAGGGUACCCCAAAGGGUGGUGGUUACACAAAGUUCUGAGCUGUUUCUUAUUUUUUUCAGUACACUACAUGCUGCUUUAAUUUUUUUAAGUUUACCAUGGUUUAUUUUGCAUAGAUGAUCCGACAUCUCAACUUCUUCUUCGCUUAUCAGUAUUUCUACACUGACCUCGGAUCCUGCUGCCUUCCUCUUCAAAAUAAGAGUCUUGUCAUUUUGUAGUUAUAUAAAGUUGACUGCCUAAGCUUGCAGGAAGGCCUUCUUUUAUUUUAUCCCUUAAAUGUAGUUUAUAGCAUGGCAGAGUAACAACAAAUAGCAACUCUAUUGAUAUACCAGAUCAUACCUUUUAGGGGCUGGUUUUACUUGUUUAUGUCCAACAAAACUAGAAGUUAAGUGUCUCAUUGCUGACUCAAUGGUGCUAAAUGUUUCAUCUAAUAUCCAUUCAUCAUCCUUCUCGUCUUCCUGUCCUUCUUGCAAUCACCGCAAACCGCCCAUUUCAAUCAUAUCACCCCCUCUGUCCCGUGGGUUGAGAGGAGAGAGGAUUAGCACCAGUAUGGAUUAGAAAGAGGUGGGCCUUCCAGAGAAAUACUGCUUGCUGUAUAAUGGAGGGUCGUUUUUUCUUAUUGUCUAAAUACUGAUAUUUCAUAUUCUUCUGCACAUUCAGCGGGAUGAUUUUAUGUUGACAUGUAGACUUUCUUGGGCGUGUAAAUGACUGUCAGUCAAGGAACCACAGACACUUGCCAGCCACACCCUUUUCUUGUCAGCCACCAGCUGGACCUUUUUUAAUUCAGCCUCAUUAUCUGUUGCAUAAAGCUUUUAUUAGUGCCAUUAGAGGAUAUAAUUUAUUUAUAUGGUUCUAUUUUAUUGAGAUAUUAAAUCAAUUGGUUGUUGGCUUUUGUAGUCCACACCCAGCGUAAUUCCUGAUGUGUGAUGAGACUGUCUGCCACUUUCUACUCCCACUUGAAUGAACGAUUCUGAAUCUUUACUAUGGAUGAAAUUCUUUGCUUUUAUAUCAGAAGUGUUUUUUUCAGGCCAGCUUCAUAUAACCUAAUAAAAAAUGGGUCAACUGUAGAGGUCUAAUGUCUCUUUCCUUUUGUUUUUUUCUGGAACAGUCUGAAGAUUUAAAUUAUAAGUAAUCUUCUUCAGCCAACAAACCCAAUAGUGUCAUUUAAAGGAUUUUACCAUUCCAACGUUGAGUUUUGACUCUCAUAUUUCUGAUUUAUGUUGUUGUCAUUGUUGUCCUCCUGCUCAACUACCUUUUUGGAGGUGACAACACAGAUGGGAAAUCUUCAUUGCAUGCUAUCACAUUAAAAUGUAAAGUAUGACAUGGAUUUAACACCAUAUGUCUAUAUACUACAUGAUCUAAAUAGGUUUCUUUGUAUUGAAGGAAUUAACAAGGAAAAAGUCUGUAGUGUUUAUAGCGUAUAAAGUCCUUAAUCUUUUCUCUGCUCUCACCAUGUGCAGACACACAGCCCACACGAUGCUGUGUCCCAGUAACUGACUCCAGGGAUUAACAGCCUGUGCUAGAUAGAGCAGCUAGGCUGUGUGUUUUCCUUGGUCCUCCUGCUGAGCGCUAAUAUGUGAGCUUCUGAUUUAUUCUGAAAAUAAACGCCUCAGAGCCUAUUGCAGUGUGUGUUUUUUUCAAGGACCAUGUGUUUUUGCACAUUUCUAUGAAAAAAAGAUAAAGUAAAUUACACUUAUGAGAACCAGUCAGUUCGAAAGGCAGCCAGUUGUUAUCACUUUGAAAGAAAUGAGACUGUUCAUGAGCUUUUGAAGGGGAAAGCAGCGUGCCAGGAUUGGAUUAGAAUAUAUCUGCCCUGCCAAGCCUGUUGCUACAUUUCCGUAUUUCCCUCUUGUGGUUUAACUGCAUGGCACAAACAGACUGAAUGUCUCCUUCUAGGCAAAUAGCCAUUACAUGUGAUUUCAGCUGAGUGUUUUUUAACAGCAGUGCAGGAUUUAUCAUUGUUUACAGAUUGAAAGUAUUGGUGCUAGAUCUGUGCUUGGUUUGUCAUGUCUCAUAUUUAGGUCAGUAGUGUGCUUAUGCAGAAGUCUCUGUGAGGCUGAUGAAUUCAUACAUUAGCAAACAGCUCCCCCUUGUGGUGUAACAGGCAUGGUCUACAAUGUGCCAGCCGCAAAUAUUCAACACAUGGUGCAGCCUCCCAUUGUUGUGUUUAUCUACAUGUGUCAUGGAGGGGAAGUCUUGAUUAAAAUCUCUAGACAGGUUUGUCAUUUGGGUCAUUUGCGCAGGUAAUAGUUAAAAACAACUGUAUUAGUUAACUUUUCAUUGCAGAGGAGUGUAUGAGAUAAAAUUUGGUUGAUUUUUUUUAGUCUGUAUUGUUAGGAAAUAUCAAAUAAAACAUCUCAAAAUCAAAUCAGUUAUCUCAUAGAUCUUGGAUUAGACUAUUAGACUUUUAAAAGUCACAUGAAAGGUUUAUGUGUUGAUUGAUAUUAUUUUGAGUCUUUCUUGAGUAGGAAAUGUCAAACAUAGCACUAAGCCAUCUCAUUUUAUGAUUGUGUUGUAUUUUUUGUUGAUCUCAUGGUAAAAGAGCUUGUAAAAAUUUAUUUAUCCCCCUCCCAGGGAGGCUGUGCACCUCACUUGCUCCCCUGCCACCAGGAGAAAAGACUAGCAGUAAAAGUGACUGAGCUAAUUGAUGUUGUUCUGCAAACUCUAUUUAUAGCCACUCUGUAUCUCAGCAGCUGUCCCUCUUCUAUCCCCCUGCCCAGCCACUCUCACAUUACCCCUCCACCUCCACCACUCCUCUGACCACGGCCUUACUGCGCUGUUCUGAUUGUGACCCCGCCCCUGAGGUUGCCCUCCCACUCACUCAGGGCUAGUAAGCGUGUGCUCUCUGCAGACUCAGGUCCUAGCCUGCCUCGGACCUCACGCCACAUCUACAAGAUUGGAAGGUUAACCAGGCCUGGAGAGGAGGUAAUGGGCUUGGGCCUCUUGUGGACUGAGUGUGUUUGUGUGUAUGUGGCAGGCAGUGAGAACCGCUCAGGGUGUCCAUGCUCUGCUUAGCAGUUCCAUUUGGGCUCUGCUGGCGACUCAGAAUGGCCUCCAUUGCUGCUGAAACUAUUUAUAGGAGUGGACUCUGAUGAAAGCAGGGCUGGGAUGGUGAAACACGUUGCUGUGAGAGAUUCUUUUUCUGUGUCCUCAUUGAGUUUAAGAACAACUUUUAGGUCAAAAGACUAAUAGUUGUGUAAGGAUUCCUGUUGGUCACAACAAGCUGAAUGUUUGCACUGGCCAUUGAGGCAAGUGUUGUGCGAGAAGUUAACUUCCUGCACUCAAGCUAGUAGUUAAGUUAAAGUUUUCAGUAAUUUGCUGAUACCUCAACUAGAUGUCUUUAUUGUUGGUCAAAUACUUUAAUUCCCAUUUUCAUCCUUAACUGCUAACUUUUUUUACAAUUCUGGGCCAUGGAUUUGAAUGAAGUUGUUAGUUUACUGUGUGUUUACAUGACUGUUUUAGAUGCAGCAAAGAAAACCCAAAUGAAGAGAAAAAAGAAAAAUACCAUGUCUUGUCAUUUUGUUUCAUUUGGCGAAGAGGUGACUCUCAAGAAUAUUCCAGAAAACUGACAUUUUUUUUCAGCCACAAAAAAAGGCAAUAAAGUUUACACUAAGAAUGUUUUUUUAUGGUUUGAAUGAGCCUUUUUUAUUUUUUUUAUUGUACAGUAUUUUUUAGUCUAAUAACAGAUGCAGCCUAUAAUUGAGGCUAAUUGAAGUUGAUGACAUUCCUCAAGUGUGUCACUACUCUACAUGGGAUAAAAGACCAGUCUGGUAGUGUUUUCAUGAAUAUGUAUUUGAUUUUGUUGCAGCAUGAACAAGACACACUCUUUGCAGAUGAUUCAACUGAGUGAUAUUUGAACAAAUAUUUGAACAUUUGUAUUUUAUUUUGUCAGAUUUCUGUAUGUAAUUUAAAUAGUCAGUUUUGGUAGAGUAAUGUAGUUUGAGCUUCUUUUUCUCAGCAGACUGAUGUAACCAAACUGUUUCCUCUCUUUUUAAGCCUGGCUAUAGUUGAACUUAUUUGACGUGUUUGAAGUAUCAGGGAGCUUGUAGUUGUAGAGUCAUACUUUCUAAGUAACCUCAAAAAACUGUUUAUGUAAAUGAACAGCAUGUAUGUUCCUUUGUAGGUUUCUACAAACUAUCAUCCUUCACUGAAUAUAACGAGUUUUCUGCAACACUCAUUUAUUUUUUAGCUUUGUGACGUCACCACGAAUAUUUAAAUUGAAAGCAGUUGUGACUGAGAGAUUGAAUUGAUUGAGAGUAAGGCCAGAAUAUUACAAAUAAAGAUACUUUUAUAGCUUCAGGUCUUCUUGUUGGAUAAUUAUGUUCAUGUUUUAAACUUGUAAUCUGUUGCAGUGUAAGGAUAUCAAACCAUUUCAUCUUGUUGUUCAUGUGUUCUGUCCUCAGUGCUGCAUGGUCCCACCGUCCUGUUGGUGUUUGACCUGUUGUGUGCAGAAAACAAGUUCACAGUUUCCCAUCACCUACACCUAAAUUCUUAUUCUUCUUCUUUCUGCACGCUGCACCCUCCUCUCCCCGGCUGUCCAUUUGUUUGUUUUCUCUCAUCACUCUGUACAUUUAUUCGCCACGCCACCCAGCUUGUUCCAUGACUUCUGGCCUGUCACCAUGGCGUACAAAUCACGCUUUUCAUUCUGGGAGCAAAAGGGAAGUCUCGCGUUUUGGUGCUUUUUUUUUUCCUGUUUAUAUCUGCCUGCUGUUGCAUGUGUUUUCAAAAGCAUUCGUCUGAAAUUGUGGUUUGAUUUCUUUUUUGUGUUGCUUCUUCUUGUGUAGGUUAAAGUUGAGAACAAGCCAGAUGUAAGUUUCUUGUUCACCUGCACGCUUCUGUCACUAAUUUUAACAGUAUUUUUGUGCUGUGGUACAAGAAAAUAUAACAGGAACACGUGGCUGUGGAUUGUGAUCCUAACCUUCGGCUGCAGACAGAGGGCCUUUGUGCUCUACCAUAGUCUGGAGAAGUUAACUGCGUGCUGAGAGCUUGAGGUGAUGUUCAUGAUUCUCAGGGCAACAACUGUUUCCAGAUUACCAUGACGACCACAUGGGUUUAACAGGGAACAUUUUCUAGCCAUUAAAUGCCCUAAUUGAUGGACCGCUGUCUGAAACACAGUGUCCUCUUCGCUUUAUCCACUUAUUUUGAGGUGAUAAAGAUUAAGACUGGAAUUAAAAUCACAAAUCUUCAGGAUUAAAUUUCAGGAUUAAACGUUUUGAUAGAAUUCAAGAAUAAAUAGGUUCUUGUCCUUUUUACUAUAUAGUUUUUUAUGUGAAAUCUUAUUAUGUAUUUACAAACGUCUUGCUCUGACUAUUUAUCAAUAUGUCAGUGUGAAUAUAAGCAAUCACACAAAAAAGUAGUUCUCGAGGCAGAGGAACAUGUGUGUUGUUUCUGAAAUAAGUGUUUACACAAAUGAGCUGAAAGUGCUGAAAUAUGUCUAAAUAUAGCAUACGGUUACAGCAACAAUUAUUUUUCUCCAAACUAGCUAAACCACAUGAUAAUUUCAACCUUCAGUGGUUGACAGUCUGGCUACCAUGCUGGUUCUCUGCCUAGUUUCUCAACAAAAGAGACUGAGCUGUCCGGCAUCUCUUUUGAUAAUUCACUUCACUACCGCCAAUUACUUCAUACACCCCACUUAGAUAAACACAAACAAAACAAACUAUUCCAUGAAACAUGGUGUUUCCCUCAAAACAUGCAGAGAUAGUGAGGAGUCGUCCAAAGAUGCAUCUGCUUGUAUUUAUAUUCCACCACUGGAGCUUUGAAAGGUUGCUUUGUGUUUGUGUCGAAAUUUUUGGGCAUUGAGUAUCUUUGACUGGCAUAAGCAUUGAAAACACUUAUACAGAGUCAAAUAGGAUUCAUGCUAACCUUGAGAGUUAUUGUGUUUUUCUUUUUGGGAUCAGCAUAGGGCUGCACGAUUUUGGCCAAAAUAAAUAAUAAUAAAAUCCAAUUUUUUUUCGCUGAAAACUCAAUUUUUGAUUUAGAUUUUGAUUAUUUAUUCAGUGACAGCUUCUCCAGACUUUAUUGUAAUAAUACGUUUUUCUAUUAUCUCUCAAAAUGAAACCACUGAAAAUUAUGUAGUGCAUAUGCCAAGCCAGGAAGUGGCACAAAAGUCAGAAGAAGAGUACAGAGCAUACGUAUAAAGGUUGUUUUGGACAGACGUGCAGCCGCCAUAAGAAAAGAGUUACACUGAGUGUGACAUAAUUGUUUCGAGAGAUGCAGAUAGGCAUCCACACGGAGAUGAAGAGGUAGUUGUUUACAGAUUUAUGCACUCUGACCCAUUUUAAAAAAGUACUGUUUACAGUCACCCGAAACGCUGUUCCUGUGGGGAUGAAAUGCCUACAUGACAAAAAACUUUUGCGCUUACCCCUAAGCUCGUUACAGAGUGGGGACGUGUGGACGGGUUGAUACCGCCUUCAGACAGACUUUGCAGCUGGGAGUGGUUUGGUCUUCAUCCGAAACUGCGAAGCCGUACCAAUUACACCCGACUGAGUUGCUCUUGCCCUAUUUAGCCACGGAAUUAUCGCCUUCUUUUGCAAACGCCAUGUUUGUUUACAUGGGUGUGUGUGGGAAGUGGGAGUGCUCCCACAGGAAGGGGGAGCGAGACAUGACAGAGAGGAAAAUCGAUUUGACGAUUUUAUUUUUUUUAACAUCGUCAUAAUCAAAUAAUCUGAUUAUGAUUUAAAACCCAUUCAUCGUGCAGCCCUAGAUAAGUUUAUCAACAAAAGUGUAAUUUUAUUUAUGUUUGGUUCCUCAGUUGAAUGCAAUGUGUGCAUGCUCAGUAUGUGCAUAAUAUUUUGAGUACAUUUCUAAGCAUUAACCAAUAUUCUCACAAGUGACAACUAAAUAAAUAUUGGCUCAAAUAUUCACUAGAGCUUCAUACUAACUUGAGUGGAAAUUUUUUUAAGACAUAAACAGACAUGCAGUGGUCUAUAGAAAUCACUUCCUUCAUGAUCUUUAAUAGACUAUCUGAGCUGAGCACCAGCUACUGGAGUUGAUGUGCAUAAACCAUGAGAAUAAUCUGCACCUUUGUCCACCUUGCUCUGUUUGUAUCCAGUCUGAUGUGGAUAGCACUCAGCCUCAGUCAGUCUCUACACAAGGGCUAGAUACAAGAAGUGGUCCUCAGUCAACUGCAUCCACAGCUGAAGAGUCCAACAGUGACGGUGCCAUGGGUGGUCCAGAUAAUCCGAGUCAGGAUCAGGCUGGCAAAAAAGUGGUGAAGGUUGUUCGGAGAGUUGUAAGACGUGUCGUUCCGUCUGGGAGUGAAGAGACAGUCCGGCCCGCUGUUUCAGAGUCUGUGAGGACGACUGCUUCUGCAGAAUCCGUGCUGAAAACCACCAGAACUGUUAGCGCGGAUAAGGAUGAUAUCUCCAUGGGAUUAACCAGUUUGAUGGGCAGAGGAAGAACCAAGGAACAUCGGCCUCGGACACGCAAUCAGGACCGCAAAGAGGACUCGAAAGAGGAAGUGAAGCAGGAGGAAGAGGAGGAGAGAGAAGAGGAGGAGAAAACCACUGUAGAAAAAUCAGAAGAAGCUGCAACCACGACACCACCACCAAAGUCUAACCCCCUCACCCCUCCAGCAGGGUUCAUCCCUGCCCCUAAACCUGACCCUUUAGCUCCACCUGCUGGCUUCAUCCCCGCCCACAAACCUGACCCUUUAGCUCCGCCUGCUGGCUUCAUCCCUGCCCCCAAACAGAAUCUGCUGACUCCUCCACCUGGCUUCAUCCCUGCAAGAAAAUCCAGCCCCGUGCCCCCUAAACAGAGCCCACUUGCAAGACCCCCAGGAUUCAUCCCUGUCAUAAAGACAGACCCUCUGGCUCCUCCUGCAGGGUUCAUCCCGAAGCCCCGUCAAGUCCCUGUGAAGAAACCAGAGGUACUGGGAAAUCAGUGCAUGUUCAUGACUUAAUCUCUGAGUGGAGCAAACUGAGUCAGGGGAAUAAAUGCAACUUUCCAUGUCCUAAAAUUUAAUCUAAAUUUAUGAGAUUUCCCGUAAUCAAGCAAUUUAUGAAGAGGACUCAUGCAUAAAUGACUAGAACUUGUGACUUUGUGAUAUUGAAGACAUUAGUAGCAUGAUUAUUCUUGAAUAGAAUGAAACGCUAGAUGAGUUCAAAUGAUUCAAGAGCAUUACUAGACGGACAGGUUGAAUUCUAGUCCAGAGGGAGGACAGACACUGAGAUGGAGGUCUAAGUGAUUCUUGGCUCAUUUCUCUUUGUUAAAAAGUAGAUAUUUUAAAUAUCAAUAUUUGUUAGUCCCUUGAUAUCCAGGCGAAUCUCCGUCUGGUUAUGUACAUGUGAGACAACCUAAACUCGAGUGCCUUUUGGUUGUUGCUCGACAUCACGCUCAUAUCACAGCCAACCCAUCGUGACCAAUCACCAUUUUGUCUUUGUCAGGCCUGAUAGAAUUAAACCACCCUUACUAAGUGAAGGGAAGCGUGGGUGCAUGUUCCAGCCCAUGAUCAGACUUCAUCAGUGGGUGUCAGAGUGUACUCAUCGCCUGCUCUCGGCUAGUUCAGUCAGUUUGAGGCUUCAAUGAGCGCUGAGCUGUGACUCAUUACUGUCACUUGCUGCAGGCAGAGGGUUGAAGUCGUGCACUUUCUGGGCCUCUUUUGGGAUGUUUCUUUUAAAGAAGUGGGUCAUGAUUAGGAUAUAAAUAUUGCGCAUACAAAGAUAAUUAAUCAGUUGUGCUUGUCAGUUGUCUAGAUUAGUCGUUAUGUCCCCAUGAGACGCCUGGAGCCUGUGGUGUGAUAACUACAUUGGUCGUUUUGCUAAACUUCUGAUUUUUUGUCCAUGAACAGCUUCAAACUUGUAAUUUUUGUCACAGUCCCUGCUUCGAUUUGUUCCUCAGACAAGGUUAUAUGCCUGUCCUAUAAUUUAGUGUCUGCCACUCUGUUGGUCUGCAGGCUAUCCAAAAAUGUUAUUAACAGAUGUCCAUGAAAUCUGGCGAUCAGCUGGGCAUCUGGCCGUGGAGCUAUGAUUUGAUUUUGGAGAUACGCACUUGGUGUUUUUGCCGAGGGAACAUUGUGUUUUUAACCGCUUUGGGGGGGACGAUUUGGGGUUCGAAUAUGAACUUAAGAAUUUACAUUUCUGUGUGGUUAAGUGUUCUUGGAGGUUUGUGCUGUCUCACAAGAGUCACAUAUUGAUUAGACUGUGUCCAAACAACCAUUUUCUAAUGACAGCCAAUGCAAUUAGAUACAACAUGAUUAUCCCUUGAAGAAGUCAAUGUAAUGUGAGAUUUGCUGUCUUUAGGUCUUGAGAGAACGUUUUUAGACGGCUGAUUAAAAAGCUAUAUAACAGCUCCAAACAUGAUUUCAUUUAAACAUUACAGCAAAUUAGAUGUGAUGACUUUUUAAUAGAGAUGCACCAAUCCAUUUUUUUCCGAUCCAAUCCAAUACUGAUACCUGGGCUGAGCGUAUCGGCCGAUAUCCGAUGCCGAUCCGAUAUUACUGUUGAAUGAAUGAACUGUAUAGCUUGCCCUGUGAGUGAAAGCAUCAGGCUUGUUAAAAAAAGUGUAACAAAUUAACACAGAUAUAAAUUUACUUAAUAUUAUUUAUUAACAAAUAACAAAUUGCAAAUUAGCACACAGCAAAAAGAAGUAAGACUUCCAUGUAAACAUUUAGUGCAAAAGGAUAGACAGACGUAGAAUAUAGAGCGAACAGAAUUGCUGUGUUGAUGUGUAUGAUUUUGAUUAAAAGAAAAAAAGACUGGGUCGGAACGCUGGAUCGGCGUCAUUCAUCAGAUUUCCGAACCAGUUAAUUUGUCAAUAUCAGAGCCGAUAUCCGAUCCAAAUAUCAGAUUGGUGCAUCCCUACGUUUUAAUGAUCAAAAAAGUUGUCAUGCAGUUCAACUUUAACUUGAAAUUCAACUUUGAUGCAAAAACAGCAGCUAAGAGUGAAAAUAAAGAGUAGUAUUCACAUGGCUGUGCACUUCAGCAGAGCAAAGUCAUAAAAUGUAAUGAUUUGAUUUCGAUGCUUCUUUCCUUUGAUUUGAGUGCAAUUGCAUGGAAAUUCAAUCCAGAUGAUGCUUAGUUGUGUAAUUCUAAGCAGAUUGUUUCAAGUUACCACUAACAAACAAAAGCUUUGAACCAGUAUUCUUCCUCUGUGAUGCUCAAUGAUCACAUUUUCCAUAAUCCUCAUUUCCCUCUAACUCAUUUCCUGAUCGAACCAGUGGAAAAAUUAAACAAGUGGAAACAGAAGUCGAUUAUAGAUGGUUGUAAUUUUCUGAAUACACCAAACAUAAUUAUAACCGCCAUCCUCAUUCUCAUCUCCCCAUGUCAUUUCCAUCUCUGUGUGUUUGUGCUCAUGUUGUCUGUCGAACUGUGCGUCUGUGGGAAUUUGAAUAUGUUGUAUAAAAGGUACAGGAGACUUCUUUACCUCCUGUGGUCUCCAACGGUAAGCCAUCCCCCGUUGUUCUGACCCAGGCGCAGACUUCACCCAGUGAACAGGUGUGUGCUCAACUUACUGCAAAGGUACACUCUCAAGUGUGUGUUUCUAACAUCCAGAAGUAAAAGAUUUUUGCAUUAGAUGCCUCUACAAACACAGUGUAGUUGAGUUCAGUGAAAGAUUGGACUCAUUGCCUUUGGAUCAUUGAUUUGCUUUCCGGCUGCCCAAUUGCGAUUGCUGGUCCUGCUAUCUAACUGUAGGUCCCUGAGCUGAUUCCUACUGAGGAAGAUCACAAGCGUGUGAAGAGGAUCUUCACCGUGGAUGGCAGUGAUGUAACUUCCCUCUCUGUCUCUCUUUGUUUGUUUGGUUUGCACCUGCCAUGUUUUCCCAUAGGCUUCCCCUGUAAGCAGCCUGAGCCAACAGCUUAUUUGUCCGAAAGUGACAGAGGUCCACGCUGGGCUGUCCUGUAUUGAGCUGUCCCUCUGCUGAUAGGGUUUAAGUUUCAGAGGUUGUUGUCUGCUUGGUGUGAAAUCUGAAACUCUGAGAUAUUUUCUGUGAUUUAUCAGUUCUCAAGAUUACUAGUUCAGGACAAAAUGCAGGAUACCAUGGGGUAUAAACCAUACUAGUUUUAUAAAAAAAACUUCAAUGGAUGUGCUUUAAAUGGAUUUUUAAUCAAAGAUUGUUUCUGGUAACUUUCAGAAUAGACAUGCGUACUUCUAAUAAUGAAUUGUAACAGCUCUAGCCUUUCUUUUUCUUUCUUUCAAAAUAUUGUUUGCUGUGCCAUCCGGUCCAGAAGAGUGUCUGUGUAUUAUGUAAUGAUUUACUGUAUUUGCUUGCUGUUUUUUUUUGGGCAGUCCGUGAUCACAUUACAGUUUGUGCUUAUUCCUGUCUUGAGGUCUAGAGCACUGCAAGGCUCUUCUUUUUUAUCUCUCCUCCUUGCUCUGAUAUUAAGCUGUCUCAAAUUGUGUCCCAUCAUGUGUCUCUUCUUUUGCUUCUCUGUGUGUCAUUGGAUCCUGAAUUGCUGCUGUCUUCCUUGCUGUUUGCAUGGCCAGCGUGCCAGAAGCCACAAAUCCUCUCAGGUACAGCCUGCUCCACAGGCAGCUCGCAGUGCCCCUCUCGCCUGGAGAGUGCUGUAGUCUGAAGCUAGUUCCCCUCUGCUGACCUCCCUUUGUUUGUGCAUGAUCGCUGGUCUUUGUCCCCUCGCCGCUCUAUGAAGUUCACUGUGAGUUCACAAGCACAGAAUAUUGUAAUGUGACAUCAAGCAGUAAUUACCAAAGAGAGAAUAGGGAUUGUCGACUGAUUUUACAGGUUAUGAAAAACAACCUUAACAUAGUUUAAGGAAUACUAUGUAAUAGUUUUGGAGCUUUAAGAUAAAGAGGCAGGACUGAAGUUGUCAUGGCAAGCACAUGGAAGACAGGGGUGUGUCCAAAAGGAUAGCCAGGGGUGGCUUCAAGCCCCCCCCCCAAUAAAAUCUGAGAUAGGGGUGGGGAAAAAAAUCGAUACAGCAUAGUAUCGCAGUAUUUUGUCUGUUGAUAUAUUUUAUCGUCUCAUUUACCAAGUAUAGAUUUUUUAAAAUUAAUUGCUACAACAACAAAUAUAUAUAAGGUUUGCAAGAUGUGCUACAUGAAAAUAAAAUACUGUGUAAAUAAGACAAACAUAAAGGAAAGACAAAUGCUAAAUUAGCUAAACAGUUAAAAAAUUUGUAUGAAUCGCAACAUGUUGUAUCGUAAAACUCACUGUAUUGCAAAAUGUUAAAUACAGCAAUAAUAUCGUAUCGUGGCCCAAGUAUCAUGAUAAUAUCGUAUCGUGGGGCCAAUUGCUUUUAUAAUUGUGUCCUUGGAUCUCUUGGAUCACUUUUCAUGCUUUAAAGAAUUGGGCGAGAGAUUAAUUGUUGCAACUUUGAUGUAUAAUUUCUUUAGAGAAAAGAAAAAUACACACUCGAAAAUUAUAUCUGUAAAUGGGCUAGGCCCUUUCAGAAGAAUAGAUCUAGACAUACUCCUGAAGUAUACAGUGGUUUUCUCAGUAGUUUUUUCCUUUUAGCGUAUCCCUGUGUUUAUGCAGUACUGUGUUAUCCCUCUAUGGCCAAGGUCACAAGCAUUUGUCUUCAGUGCCUUUUGACACCUAGCUGCACAGUUUCCUGGAUUAAAACCUCACUGUGUGCAACUGAUCGUAUUAACUGUGACUAGUAAUGUAAUAUAAUGUGGUUUUCCCCAUAGACCCUUGAACUCUUUGUACUUUAAUGCAUCUUGUAAUCCCUGCUUAUUAAUGUGCUAACAGUGUAAUGUUUUUUAUGGUGAAUUACUGCAGUGACUCACUUUUUUCUGCUGUUGUUGCUCAUCUACAUUGUUCAGAUGCUGCUAGCCUUGCUGUUUUUUUGUUGUAUGUUUGCCGUGAUUUAUCAUCAAAUGUUUUCACCAUGUUGCAUUUUGCAUUGUUUCGAUCCUGCAUUUGAGGUUGCAAUAGAAAAUAACUUUUAAUUGUUUGAUUGAAUCUCAAAACAACGCUGAUUUUGCUCCUUCCCCUCCGCAGUCCAAGCCUGUGGAGGACCCUGUGGCCAUCCUUCAGGCAGCGCACUCAGCUGCAGCUAAGGUCUGACCAUAACUACAGCUGAUUGUAGAUGUGGUUGUAUCCCCUCUCUGUGUUUCAGAGUGCCGUCUUUUGUGGUUGGUGUGUGCAAAGAAGUAAUAUCGAGGAGUAUAAACAUGAAAGCCCAGCUCUCAUUAUCCCUGUAGUACCAUAUACUAUACUUGUGCAUGCAUGCUGUUCCUACACUUAAACCAAGCAGAGAGAAGACAAAGCAUGUGCAGGAUUGUGCAGCUGACUUUUCAACUUUAUACAGUUUGAUAGAUUGUCUAAGUAUUAUUAUUUUUAUCACACUUGACUCGAUAAGACCAGAUCCCCUGAACUCCUAUAUUUAUGUAUCUAUGAUAUACCCGGUUUUAAAGAAAUACCCUGGUCUCAUCUCCUCACCUCUUUACCUGUUCAGUGCACUAUGUGAGCUCUAAAGUGUGUUUUAUGUUAACCUGUAGUUCUUCUGUGGAGGGCAUUGACUGCAUUUAUAUGGACGAUGUACCUUUACUUCCUUCUGUAGUAAAUAGUAAAGCUAAAAUACCAUUUGUUUUGGAGCCAAGGCGUGCACAGAAACAAUAUAACAGGUGGAGCUGCUGGAAUGAGCUCAUGCCCCUUCUGCUAAUCGAAAACACACAUGUAACUUACUGAUAAAACAGCGAAGACCCCUCUGGUCGGCACAGUCCACAACAAACUCAUGGUUGUGGAAAGUUACAUUACUGGCCCUCGCAUUUAACGCUGUCAGUUGCGACACAAGAUCUACGGGAGAAGAUAAGGGCCACAAGAAGAUAAAAAAAUAAUUACAGGAGGGAGAUUUUUUACAAUUUACAUUUCGACAUUAAAUUUGAAAUUUCGAUUAAAGUCGAAAUUUUUAAAAGUCAAAAUUUUGACUUUGUUAAUGUUGACUUUAAUCUCAGAAUUUUGACUUUUUGAUCCCAAAAUUAAUUUUUUUUAAUCUCGAAAUUUUGACAUUAUUCACGACAUUUUGACAUUUUGUAAUCUCGAAAUCUCAACUUUAAUCUUGAAAUUUAUAUUUUUGAUUGCGAAAUUUCAACUUCAUUGAUAUAAUUUCGAUUUUUUUAAAUCCCGAAAAUUUUGACUUUAAUCCAAAAUUUCAACUAUAAUCUCCUUCCUGUGAUAUACUUUUUUCUCUUCAUGUGGCCUUAAUCCUCUUUUGUACAGAUACUUUCUUUAAGGCAUUGAAUAAAACAAAAUUUGGUUUACUAAAAAACAACAUGCACACAAUAUAAUAAAAUAACAUGAAAUGAACUAAAAUGACAGCAAGCAUGUUAUAGAAAAGAUAAUUUGAGAUGUGUUUUAAAUUUCUAGUUUGACCCAUGUCUCAUUGUUAAUCAAAGUAAAAGUGGCUUUUAUCAAAGUGUUUUGGCCUCAAUAUCAGGGAGCGGUUGCGCCAUCCAUCUUCUCAUACAUGCUAUGAUAGUGGACAUAAAUACUUGAGGUCAAACAGGAAAACAUAGAAGCUCAUAUUCAUUCGUAGUUUUGUUUUAAAACAUGCUCUUCACUGCUUGAAUUUGUUCCCGUUUGUAUGUCUUGUGUUUGCUCCAAGAGGUGUUAUCUGUGGAAGUGCAUUUGAGAAAAUGUAUUUAAUCAUUUGUGCAAUCACUUAAUUGAUUGACUUUGUAAUAUGAAUUGCUUUUGUCUGUUUUUAUAGGGAAAGACUGAGGACCAGAUAACGGCAGAAAGAGCCUGGUACAACACAGAGAAAGUAUGGCUCGUUCACAAAGAUGGAUUUUCACUGGGUUAGUAAAAUGAUUGGUAUUUAGGCUGUGCAGCUGUGUCUGUUUCUGUUCAAUAAUAAAAGGUUAGCUUUUAAAGCUCAGAAAAUGCUUUGGAUGAUGUUAAUAUUACAAGAAUUCACCUGAUAAGACUCCUCCAUUUGACCUCGGGUUGUAUUAAUUAGACUGAGUGUUUUUUAAAACUCUGAAUGCUUAUUUAGUUUUAAUGCAGCUCAGGCAUUAUUAAACGUGAUGUACCUGCCGCACAUUAUCAGACUUGUAAGUCCAGAUGAAUCUUUUCUCUCGGGCUGAGAUCAUAUGUCAUGAUUUAUUAACUCCACACUCUGUGGUGAUGCACACAGCGACCCUCCUGAAGACGCAGGCAGGCAGCCUGCCAGAGGGGAAGGUGAAAAUCCGCCUGGAGAGUGAUGGAUCUUUAUUGGAAGUGGAUGAAGAUGAUGUUGAGAAGGUAUUUAAUCAUCCAAUCAACUCUGAAGCGCAUCAAUUACAGACAAUGCUCAGUAAGUGCAUGACCGUUUCUGACUUUGAACUGUAGGCAAACCCUCCGGUGUUUGACCGCGUAGAGGACCUGGCCUCUCUGCAGUAUUUGAAUGAGUCUAGUGUGAUGCACUCCCUGAGACAGCGCUACGGAGGUAACCUAGUGCACACCCACAGUGGGCCCAACAUGGUGGUUAUUAACCCCAUUAGUGCCCCCUCCAUGUACUCUGAGAAGGUAGGCUCCUGCCUGUGCAUAUAAUGACACCUCUCGUAUGUGAAAGCAGAGUACGGGGAUCAGAAUGAAGAUAAUUGAUGUUCAUAACCUCCUCUCUAUGAUAUUUCCCCCUCUUUGCUCCUCUUCUCUUCUCUUCUGUCUAGGUAAUGCAAAUGUUCAAAGGCUGCAGAAGAGAGGAAGCCGCCCCUCACAUUUACAGCAUGGCCCAGUCUGCCUACAGGAACCUAUUGACCACUAGACAAGAUCAGUCCAUUGUCCUGCUGGGCAAGAGUGGCAGUGGCAAGACCACCAACUGUCAGCACAUCAUUCAGUACCUGGUCACAAUCGCUGGCAGCACCAACAGAUCUUUCUCAUGUGGGUCGAGUAUUAAAGAUAAGAGGGUGUCUGCUGUUGCUGAUGUUUUGUUGAGGUCCUCCUGGUGUUACCUGUCUUUCCUCUUUGUUGUCUGUAGCAGAGAAAUGGCAGGCAGUCUACACUAUUUUGGAGGCUUUUGGGGAUGCCUCUACUUGUAUGAAUGGGAAUGCAAGUCGCUUCUCCCACAUUGUUUCCUUGGAUUUUGACCAGGCAGGCCUGGUGACAUCAGCCUCUAUUCAGGUACAAAUAAACACAUUUAUUAGUAAUCAGGGAUAAUCUGUACCAAUCUAUCAUGUCUCACUUGUGUAUGUUUGUUUAUUGUUAUUUUCUAUCAUUCUUAUGUCAUGCUCUGUUGUGUCUUCACAGACGAUGCUUCUGGAGAAGACGAGGGUGGCCAGAAGACCAGAGGGAGAGGCCACUUUCAAUAUCUUCUACUACUUAAUGGCUGGAGUGGACAGCUCUUUGAGGUUUGGACUAACUACACACUACACCACAGUUCCACAAUAGACUAUUAAGUUGACAUAUUGCAGUAAAAUACUGUAUUACUAAGUAUUCAAUGUGAUUUAUUGCUUUCAUUUCUCCAUCAGAACUGAGCUGCACCUGAACCACUUUGCAGAAAACCAUGCGUUUGGAAUCAUGCCACAGUUGAAGGUAAAUACUCGUUUCUCAUCGCUGGCCUUGUUUUGACCUGUUCCAGAAAUGGAAAUUAUCUUGAUGAAGAGAAGCUUUAUUUGUUUAAGAGUAACAGUUUUGGGUUUCAUGUGGAGGUGCAUUUCUUAAUUACUGAAAAGAGGAAGAAAAUAUCCGUCCUUUUCAUCCUCUUUUGUGUCAUCCUACUCGCUAAGAAGUACUUAAAGUAGGUAAUUCCAAACUUUUUUGGCACUGUUUUAGCAAUGCCACCAAAACUGGCAAAUCGGUAACCAUUGUUGCAUUUGUUCCAUGUUCCUGUUUAUUUGUGGUUAGGUUGAACAAGUGGCCCCAAACAUCCCUCUCCCCAGUGGGAGUUUCCUAAGUAGGAUGAAGAAUUAGGGUCACAUUAAGAAAAAAAAAAUGAAGACCUUCAGAUUAAAGUUAUUAAUUUACGAGAAUAAAGUCAUUACUAACGAGAAUUAAGUCCUAAUAAAAUAGUUACAAGAAUAAAGUCGUAGUAAAGUAAUCACGUACGAGAGUAAAGUCAGAAUAAAGUCCUUAUAUUCUAACUUGUUGUUUAAGAUGACAGUUGUUGAAAUGAGAGUCAUGGAGUAUUUUGUGAAAAUGUACUUCAAAAUAGUUCCUCAAACAAGGAGAUACUUCUUUUGGCACAUCAGCUCCACAUUAUCAUAAUGAUUUUAUUAGGAUUUUAUUCUUGUAACUAAUGAUUUUAGUAUGACUUUAUUCUCGUAAGUAAUGAUUUUAUUCUUGUAAAUUCACGACUUUAAUCUCGAAGUCUAUUUUUUUUUCUUAAUGUGGCCCUAAUUCUCCGUCAUACUGAGGCAUCCCUCUUUGCUGUCUGUGAAACACCAAACAACAGUUGUUUAUAAAGUGGUCAGCAUUGUUUGUUCAUACUAGUGCUCACCUACUCACACAUACAGUAGGAGAGUGCCAUAAUGAAUUACAAGAAUUAACAUAAGACCAAGAUGGGGUCUAUGUUGUCACCAGUUGCGGUAUUAUUAAGUAAAAUUUGGCCUUUGUUGAAAUCUGUAAAUGGCUAUAUUCGUACUUUAAACACGCCUCUAACCCUAAUAUUCAUUCAAUCCAGAGAUCUGGUUAGGAAGAUGCUCUCAGUCUUACUGAUGAAAAUUCAACCUGUCAUUCAACAAGCUGGUCUUUAAGGCCUCUUACAGCCGUUUGUAGCAGGAAAAUGAAUUUUAUUUCACUGUAUAUGUUAUCCUCCAGCCUGAAGAUAAACAGCGGGCCUCCCAGCAGUUUUCUAAGCUGCAGGCAGCCAUGAGGGUUCUCGGGAUCAGCAGUGACGAGCAGAGGGCCUUCUGGCUCGUCCUCGGGGCCAUCUACCAUCUGGGGGCUGCAGGAGCUACCAAAGGUGGGUGUUACUUACCAAAUAGAUUUAAAGUCUGCAGCUUUAAAACUUAGUAAUUUUAUACUGUAAGAGCGACAAAGACAGAGAAGGUUUUCAUUCAUGUAUUCACUCAACAGAGUCUGAUGAAAAAGUUCAAACAGUCAUAGAGGAGCCUUUUAGAGCUCUAUAUGUGAUCUAGAAAUCUAAAAUCUGUAUAAUCUUACUGUCAGUAACAUCUUGAAUCUGAUGUAAUACGACUGUAAUACAGCUGCUUGAAUAAUGCAUUUGCACUUAAAAGAUGUCUAACAGUGCACUGGCUGCUAUAUUGUUUUACACUGACGCUGAUUAAAAGAUGAAUCAGAAAUCUAAGCAGCAAAAAAAUGGUUAACAAUAUCUGAUGAUAUCCAGAUGAAAUGUCAUUGCAAAAAAUGUUUUCCUUCACAAAUGAUAUGAACUUAAAACAAUACGAGCAAUUAAUGUAGUCACUUUAGGCUCCAUAGUUUCAUCAGAUGCUCACGUGCAAAAUAAGAAAUGACACAUUAUUCUCUGUCAGAUCAAGCUCUUUGUGACGUUAAUUCUAAUUUUAAUAAUAUCAAACUAAAGCUACAUAAAGCUCAUUGUAUCUGCUGAAUUCACUGGCAAACUGGCAGAGCCGUAAAAGUCAGGAGACGCUGUUGCAGCUGGAGGACAAAAACCCAGCCGUCUGUUUUUGAACGCUUACUUUGACAAACAUUUUAUCUUGUCAUAAGAAUUCGUCAGCGCUCUAAUGGGAACAGCAGUCCUCUUUAACCGGAUGAUUUUCUGCUGUCUCCUUUGAAGCUGUUUGUCUGAUGAAAUCUAAAGUAAGACAGUUUGAUUGUUGUUUUUGUUCUGGAGUAUAAGAUCUUCCUCCCACUGCAUUUGACUUUCAUUUUAAAAUUAGAUAUCUGCCGUUUUAAUAAAGACUAGGGCUGUCAAAUUCAAUUUUCAACACUGGGGGAGGUUACUAUUAGUCAUAUUUUGCAUUAAGUGUAAAAGGCUUCUGCUUAUAGACACCUUUAAUUGAAUUCUCUUUAUAGUAUAUAUCUUUUGAAGCGUGACAUCUGACUAUCAUUUUUUUUUUAGAGUUUUAGAGUUAAACUAGGACACUUAAUGAUGUUGUCACUCAAAGUUUCUGACUUUCUAUGUAAAUUUAAGUAUAUCUGAGUUAAAUCCAACACAAUAAUUAUAGACAAUGUAUUGAAGCAAAAACUCUGCAUAUUGUGCUUCUAAUGUACUUUGGUUCUGUCCUUAUUCUCUGUCUGCACUGCAACUGACUGACAGUCAUUGAUGCUGAAUUGUUAGGCUGCCAAUCUUUUUGACAUUCAUUUAUUACCAUUUAGAAACUGUUUAAAAAAAUCAGCAGUAAAAAAUUUUCCCUUUCUACAGUUUUUAGGGGAAUUUAGACACUGAGGAACUGGGGGAUUCAUGCCCUCCCAUGUUGAACACACAGUUUUUCUUGAGAUGGAACAAAAGUUUGAUUUCUCUCAGUCUUAGAAAAAAAGUUGGUUUGGUCAUGUUUGUGUUUAAUUGUUCCUCGUCUGCUUUAGUUGAAGAUUUGAUCAUCAAGUUCAAGUACCUUAUGCCCACAGACACUGCAGCUCCAUAGCUCCACACAAGAGGGCAGCACUGAUCUCUAAUCCAGAAUAAGAAAUUAAACCACUGAAAUGCAGUUGCUUUUCUCCCUGUACUGUUCUGCAAACACAUAAAUAAGUUCAGCGUAGGCUGAUAAAUGAGUCUGAAUACUAGAAGAUAAAACUAGAGGAGCUAUUUUGAUUUUGAAGAGCCUUUUUCUCUCUGAAGUGUUUGAUUUUACUCUAUCAUAUUAGCAAACCCCAUCUCCUCUUUGUGAAGUUUAGAAAGAUUUGAAUUUAAAAUACUUACUUUGGCAUCAAAUCUUCCUCAGAGCAAAUAUUGAAAUGUCUUAACUUGUCUGAACAACCAUGCGGCUUAUCAUCACCAAAAGAUUGCAUUGAUGAAACAGACACAACCCACCACUCUCUGUGUGAAAUCCCCCAACGUCUCUUUUAAGUCUGAGAAGAUAACACUCCAUGGUGGAUUACAGCUCAAGUUUGCACUCGUAUCUGCAUGUUUCCAUCAGUCGCACACCAGAUUAAAAAGAAACUUGAGUUUCCUAACAGAUGUCUUUGUGAAAAUAAAUGAAUUGAGUCCGCUAAUGAUAAGUGUUGCUUUCAUUCUUGAGGCGAUAAAAGUGGCUAUUAUCACUUCAACGUGGGACAAUAGUUGUAAGAGCUUGCGGAUAUGCCUUUUUUUUUCCAACUGUAGUUAAGUAUGUUCAAGCUGCCAUCACUUUGAGCAUGCUUUUAGUGCUUGUUCCCACCAGCUGUGUCAGUGUCAGCUUGACCAUAGACAUAAUCCUACCCUGUCACAGAGGAAGGAUUGUCACAAAGCUACUAGUCUAGCCAUGUGCCCGGAGGUGGCUGGCAGAAGGGACUAAUGGAGGUUUUCAUGCACGUGUCUCAGCUGGCAGGAAACAAUUUGCACGUCAUGAGUGGGCCCAGAAGGCUGCCUACCUGCUGGGCUGCACCCUGGAGGAGCUCUCCUCCUCCAUCUUCAAGCACCAGGCCAAGGGCACCCUGCCCAGAGUCGGCAGCGUGCGCCAGGCUUCUGACGAAAACGGCACAGCAGAUGCAGGUACUCCACAGACCACAUUUACAAACACACACUCUCUCCACUUCAUUCCUCACAGCCCCUUUCCUCCCCCUCCUCCCUUUCUCUCUUCCUCUUUGUCACUACACACACACACACACACACACACACACACAUGCAUACGCCUCGGCUCAUCACCUGAGGGAAAUUGCAUGCUGCAGAGAAAGUAAAGCUUAUCUUAGUAAUGAAUACCACAGCUUUACAAUGGCUAUUGACAGAUAAGUACACACACUAUGUCGGGACAAGCCAUUUUGGAUCCUCUCCUCGCUCAUUGUCCUUGAAAUCAUAAUUGCCUCACAUUGAUUUUCCUACAUAUGCACGUCCUCUGACUUCCAUCAGGACUGCAGCACACUUUGAAGGGCGUGAGGUGGCAGUUAAAAGUCAGCCACAGCGGGAACGGACAGGAUUCACCUCUGUUUCACCUUUCCUGUGUUUCCCCGCCUUUUACACACGCUUAUACAGUCAGAUGCACACAUGCAAAUACCCCUCAGGCACAGCAAAUUCACUGUUUGUGUAACACAGGGAUGAAUUAUGAGAGCUUAACAGGUGGCUAUUGCCUGAGUCCUUAAUGACAGGUUUUUACCAAAACAAUAGCAGGCCGACACUGAAUACUUGGGCCAUAAUAUGCAAAAAUAUGAAACUAUUGUACUUCCUUUAGUUACUUCCAAAGUUUUAUUUUAGCAUUUAUAGCUCCAAACACUUUUCCUUCUUGUUCAAGUGCUUUUCUUGUUAUUUCUUGUGGUUUUUUUUUAUUGUUUUUGUUUUUCUACUUUUCAUACCAGGUGCAAAAGCAACUGCAAUGGAGGGUUUGGAAGCCAUGGCAUCUGGGCUUUACUCUGAGCUUUUCACAAUCCUCGUUUCUUUAAUAAACCGGUUAGUAUUUCAGAUCCAGCACUCAAGUAAAACUUCAGCUUGUGCAUCAUUUCAAAUCAUGUCUUUAAUCCAGUUUGACAGAUUUCACAUUUUUGUAAAUUUUGGCAUUUUUAAUUUGAACGUUAUGUCAACAAAGUUUGAGGAGGUUAUCCAAGCUGGUGCAAAGAGUGUUGGUUACAAGUUGAAGCGAACCAGAAGCUCUGGUAACCUUUAGACUUAGGUUAUAUUUUUAGAAUAAAAUUAGGACCAUUUGCUGUGAGGAGUUAAUGUAAGGGUAUGUAGGAGAGAGCUAAGGUUAAAGCUAAGGUUAUAUGCACCGAAUGUAAUCGAUAAAAAUGUUGCCUUAAGUAACAAAGUGCUAAUGUUUAUGUGUAUGUGUGCCCCAGGGCCUUGAAAUCCAGCCAGCAUUCCCUUUGCUCUCUGCUCAUCGUGGACACACCGGGCUUUCAGAACCCGCGCCUUGCUAAGCGUGAGUGCGGUGCAACCUUUGAGGACCUAUGUCAUAACUACACUCAAGAACGCCUGCACGGCCUCUUCUACCAGCGUACCUUUGUGCAAGAGCUGGAGAGAUACAAAGAGGUACAAACACGCAAAUAGCCGUGCAAUCUCACUGUCUGUUUCCCCCCUUUACCUCCUUCUCCCUCUCUUUUUUUCGUCUGCUGCUUUCCCCUCCGAUAUGUCAGCUCCAAUAGUGUAUGUUUUUACACUACAGAUACUUUAUCCCUCCCACCUGUCAUGAGCUGUGACAGGUCAAGUGCACAUGUUAGAGCCUCUCAUUAGAGAUGCCAGUCUUCACCUCUUCUGUAGAGAUCAAAGGGAAGUCACUCACAACUGCUUUUGGGAGACACACCCGGCUGCACAGCAAAGGAACUAUUUUUUAUCUGUCUGCCUUUGAUUUUUUUUUUUUACUAAGAGUGCACUAGCACAAAAACUCAACACUGUAGCCAUCCCUUAUAAAUUAAGAUAUUUAGCCCAAAUUUUACUAUUACUAAUUUGGUAACACUUUAUUAGACGCCUAUCGCCAUAACGCAUUAUAAGUAUAUGAAUAAUGCAUUAUAAUCAGGUUAUAGCACUGUAUAACUAUAGUAAUAAAUACUCAUAAAUGAUCAUAAUGCUUUAUGGCAAUAAUCAUAACACAUUAUGAAGCAUUUUAUCAUGACUUACAAGGUCAGGUAUUAUAAUGUGUUAUAGCUGUUAACAACAAUUGCAUUGCAUCAUCAAUGUAGGCAUUGUCAGUGAGUUGUUAACAGUUAUAACACAUUAUAAUACCUGACCUUGUAAGUCAUGAUAAAAUGCUUUAUAAUGUGUUAUGAUUAUUGUUAUAAAGAAUUGUGAUCAUUUAUGAGUGUUUAUAACUAUAGUUAUACAGUGCUAUAACAUGAUUAUAAUGCAUUAUAUUAUAUAUAUUUAUAAUGUGUUUUAGAGAUAGGCAUCAAAUACAGUGUUGAUUACAUUAUCCUUCUUAUUUAAAAUCGAGCUGGUUGCACCAUGACACUAGACAGAAAUCCUGAUAAUAUUACUUGUGAUGCUGUGGAUUUCCCACCCACAUUCCCUGCCCAGGAAAAUAAAGUAUUGCAUAAAUGAAGGUGGUGUAAUUUUCACUUGCCUGACUUGAAGUAUAGUGAUGUGUGAAGCUGUAAUUUAAAACUGGGUUAAACUCAUUUUAAAUGAUUCACAGUGUCUACGAUAGCAGUGACAGGUGGGCUGAAGUUGAUUACACACUACAAGAAUAUACUAUAGUUAUGACUUUGAUGAAGCUGUGUGGAUGAAUUUUCUAGUCUGAGAACAAAAAUCAUUUAGGCCUCUUCACACACAGUCAACUCCAACACUGGCAUCUGUCACGGCCAUACUAUUAGCCCUGCCAGCAUUUCCCCACAUUUUUACUGCUGCCUGCUCUCUGUCACUGUGAGCUUUUUGUUCUGGUGAAGGUAAUUUGGAAAAUUUAUUUCUGCUUUUUCCCAGAGAUGUUAUUUUGUGCAACAUUAAUGAAAUGUUUGGAGACUUCAUAUACCUACAGGAAAAAAAAAACAGUCCUCACAAAUGUCAAAUGUUGUUGUUAAUAUAAUAGAGUUGUUCUGGCCUUUCGAUGUCCGACAUCUAAUCCAUCAUUUUUUCCAUUUCAAUAUCCAUAAAAAUUGUCUGCCUGCAACUUCACUUGAUAUUCUACGAUAAAAAGGUUCAGGAUUUUUAAACAACUUGGAUGAUUGACAUGUUGUUUUUAUUAGGAUCCAGCAGACUCCAUUAGAUUCAUCAGAAAUAUUGCAAGAACACAGAAGACUGCAGGUGGUGAUAGUGGUAAACUAGUUAAGAAAUAACCAUUCCUUAUAAAAUAUUCAAAAUUAUGACCGAAGUGUAUAAUGUUAUCUGCUUCACCUUGUUCCAUUUCCCAUCAUCUGCAUAAUAAUUUCAUGAAUAUUAGCUUCCCCUUGAUUAAACACAUUUAUGUCCAGAGAAAGAUAUUAACCCGCUGCUUUAACCUCCCUGGCACCGUGUCGCUACUUUGAUUUCUAAAAAACGUUGUUCCUUUUUUAUUAGCUUUUUAAAAACAGCUGUUUCCUGUAAGAAGUUGUGCUUCUUCUAAGUUGUAUCAUCACAAAUCUUUAAACACUCUGCCAAUCUGCUUAUCUCCCCUUAGGAGAACAUCGAGCUUGCUUUAGAUGACACAGAGCCCAGCUCAUCUCUGUCUGUAGCAGUAGUAGACCAAGCCUCAAGCCAAGCUCUGGUAAGUGUGUCUGACGCCUUUAUUUCUCUUUCUAGUUUCUUGAUGUUUCCAUAUAUAAAGCUUGUGUUUGUUUAAUGACUUGUCUCUGAUCUUUAGGGACCUCUUUUCUUCUUUUCCAACCAUGAAUAACAUAUUUUGGCCUCAGAAGUUCUCUUUGUUUGACUUCUUAAAUAUUGAAAGGUGUUGCUUGGCAGAGGCUGGAAAGAGAGGGUUGGAGCUGGAAAAGAAAGGUUAGAGAAUUGACUCUGAGAAGAAAGAUCGAUGUUUGGCCUUUGCAGCCUCAGAUCUGCACCAUGGAAACAGACGUAGCAGAGUUUACAGAGUCAUAGAUCUUUUUUGCUCGAACUCCAGUGGGUUUGGUUUGAGUGCUUUACUUUUUAAGGGGUCCUAUGCUCUAAUGGGAACGUCAUCAGAAGCAGUGAGCUGUAGUACAUCACACCACAAGCCAAAAGGGGGAUCAAAACAGGGUUAUUUCAAAGUCAUUUCUUAAGUCAACUUUAGACAUUAUGAUGAAAGAUCUCUUUUUCACUUCUUUGUAUUUUUCUUCUGUUGCAGCUCUAUCACAAACAGCCCUAAUGCUCAAUUCAUUGCAAGCCACAUGGUUGUCAUAUAUCUCCUUUUCUGUGUUGUAUUUGAAGCCGGUGUCAUGUGCUCAGCUGAUAAGGAUGUCUCGGGUGCCACUUCCUGAUAGCAGCUGAAACACUUUUUGAUUUUGUGUGUUUGGUCCCCUUCGCUCUCGGGAUGUUCGCCAUGCCAACCAAACUGGCAUCCUCUAUGUGCUGAUUAUUCUCCUAUAGGGCUUGUUGUCCUCUACGAAACAUUCAUCUAAAACUCUUUGUGCAUCAUUCAAACUUUUAGACCUGUUAAGGACACUCCUCUACAGUCCAAUAACAAAGUCAGCUUUUUAAUUCAUUCAAGCAAAUGUGAGUCAGACUGCACCUUCUGUUUUUUCCAAAUUCUCCUGAUUGAAGAAAAUAACCUUCCUCAAACACUUCCUCCAAUGCCAUCAACGCUGGAGCGGGUUUUAUUUUCUCCUCUUUGUUCAGACUGUUUGUAGUACUAAUUGUAUUACUUUUUAAUCCCUUUUCCCUCGCAACUUCUCUUUGUUUCCUUCCCGGUUGUAUAGAAAAGCUAAACUGAUGGUGCCAUUAUCGUAGUUACUGCUGGAGGCAGCAGAAACCCGUAAUGCUUCUGAAACUUUAAUUUCUGAUCCCGGUCUUACCAUCAGGCUCUUGACAGCCAGCUUGCACUUAGAGACAUAGUGCAUAGUAAUUUUACUGACAUUUAGGAGAAAGAAAUAUUGAAGGAAGCAAUGGCUUUAAGGGCCAGCACUCAGCGCAUGUAGGAUCACUUUCUGGAGUUUUUAUUAGAAGCAGUAGCUGUUUUCCUUAGUGUCAGGGAGGUACAUAACUAGGAAAGGCUGAAAUAUUAUCUUAUUCAUCAAUGUGUUUCCAUGUAAUAGCUUAUGCAAGCUAAAUGUCCUUGUUGCAAGGUGUUUUGCCACUAAUGAAUGAGAUACUGCUCAUAAAGCACAAGUAAACAGGAUGAAAUAGGUAAAUUGGAAAGAAAGCUGAAGACAAAGUGAUGAGAGAAAUCUCUGGUGAAUUUUUGUUGUUUCCUCCGAAGUAUUAACAUUCCUGAAGGUGAAGCACGACAUUUAAUGAUCUCACUGGGAUUAGGGAGCGUUUGACCUUUGUGCGUGUGUGUUUAAGUGUGUAAACGUGUUUAUCGGACAGGUACGGACGGUGCGAACAGAUGAGGCACGGGGCCUGUUGUGGCUGAUGGAGGAGGAGGCGCUGCAGCCCGGAGGUUCAGAGGAGACCCUGCUGGGACGGCUCUUUAGCUACUAUGGACCUGCUGAGGGCGAGAGUAAAGGCAAGGAAAAGACACACAAACACGCACACACAUUUAUACCUACACACACAACCCAGAUCUGAAACCAUAACAAAGCAUAAGUAUUCUAUUUCCCCUGAUAACAGACUGCAUUUGGUGAAAUGGACUUGAAAUCAAAAACUUAAGGUGUAUAUUUUUCAGCGAGUGUGCUGGUAUGAAUGUUAAAUCUAGAUUUAGUUUAUUUCAUAUUAAAGUUCAUAUUGUGAAUACUAGGGAUGGGAGAAAAAAUCAAUACGGCAUAGUAUCGCAAUAUUUUGUCUGGUGAUAUAGCGUCUCAUUUAGUGAGUAUCGAUUUUUUAAAUUAAUUGCUAAUAUGGAGUCAAAUCUAUGAUAAUGGAAAAAUAAAAUGAACUGUUUGUCCAGUGAGGUUGGCAGAGGUAACAUAAUAAAGCAGGAGAAAGUUAGUACAACAACGAUAUAUAAGGUUUGCAAGAUGUGCUACAUGAAAUUAAAAUAAAGCUUAAAUGAGACAAACAUAAGGGAAAGCCAAAUGCUAAAUUAGCUAAACAGUUUAAAAAAUUGUAUACAUCGUAAUAUAUUGCAUCGCAAUACUCACUAUAUUGCAAAAUGUUAAAGAUGGCAAUAAUAUCGUAAAGUAUCAUGAUAAUAUCGUAUCGUGGGGCCACUAGUGAUUCCCACCCCGAGUAAAUGCACACACCAGGUAUGAAGUUUCACAUCUAUUGCUGUUUCAUGAAAUAAUACUGUAUGUGUUAUAAACAACUUCUCUUUAAAUCUUUAUAAACUGUACCACAUUGAGGAGAAUGGCCCGCUAUUAUAGAUGCAAUAGAGUAUACACAGAGCUUGAUCUACCAGAGCAUUAAAUAGUAAACAAAUUACAGAGACCAUUUCAAUCCAUCUAAGGUUAGUUGACCUUACUUUAGCUAACACAUAAAGGUAAUUUUAUCGAGUGUGCACAAAACCUUGUGGUACAAAACAUGAAAUUGAAUAACUAAAGCGAUGAAAUCCUUAUGCAUUGUUGGUAACACUAACAAUGUUGCCUGCCAAGGUUACAGCUUAGAGAAAGAUCCUUUACAAAACUCAAAACUCCUCUUGAAGAAAAAUGAAGAUCAAAGUUUCCUUAAGGCAUUCAUGCUUUUCUGUUCAGUUCUUCAGUCCACAUGUCCAUGUGUGACCUCUCACACCAUGCUUUCAUAGUUAUUUGCAGCACAGGACAGUAUGAGGGUUUUGAAAAUUACCUACUAACCUGAGACUCAAUGGACCGCAAACAAUAGUGAUAGAAACAGGCUGUGUAGUUGUCACUGUAUCAGUAAUUUCAACAAGCUUUAUUUAAAGCAGCUGGUACAUUUGAGAGCAACUAAGCUAAGAUGGACCAGCUUUCUCUGAUAAAACCUUCAUGCAGACUCCACAGAUUCAACCUAAUAGCUAACUUUCAUUGUUAAUAUUUUUUUAACCGUGAUUUCCUUUUUAGCUAAAAAUGAAACUAAGACAGAUUCAAGAGCACUCUCAAUCACACUUGAGGAGAGACAUGCCAGCAGAAAAUGAUGGUUAUUGUGUUUUUCUUUAUUUUGCACAAGUUUAUUCUUGAAUAACAUAGAUAAAUACAUAAUUUAGCUGUAGUGAGAUUUGAUAUGAUUUUCCCAUGUUCUAGCUAGACUACAAAAACAAGAUUCUGAGUAUAAACUCAGCACUUUAGAACAGUAUUUUGAUUAGUAUUGAGAAGAAAACACAAGAGUCUCCAUGUGACAAAGCUGGCACACAUUUCUUUGCUUUCAAAAACACAUUCUGCUUUCAAAAUAAUUGUAAUAUUAAACUGUAGUGAUUCUGAAAAAGCAGCAUCUGGUUCAAACUUUAUGCUCCUUAUUUUCUAAGUAAUAUCAUCCAAUCUAUUACUUUGUUGUGUACAUAUUUUAUAUCCAUCGCGGCUGUGUAUGCUGCUAAUAAAUCCAGCAGCUCCACUUGCAUAUUUCAGUGAUGCCAAAGUUUUUCUUUGUUUUUCUCACGUUUAGAGCCCACUGAGCAUUUUUGAAUUUCCAUUUUGGCAUCACCAACUUCUCUAAUCUGUCACAAAUCCUGCGUGACUUCAGUGUGUGCGCAUGGCACCCUCUAAAAGCAUUGUGGGGAAAUUUACCUGUGCUUAUUGUUAAUGUCAUUUAAGAGCUGGUGCUAACACUGCUCCAGUUCAAAGGUCACGAAUCUGCCCUCUGCUUGUGAAUUUGGCUGAUUUUCCUUUUGGGAUCUGGUGAUUUUGGUUGACUCAGUUGAUCAGUAAAACAGCUCGAGAUAUCUCAUACUACCUCUAACAUGUCCACCAGGUCACACUUUCCUCUUGAAGGGUGAAAAGGACAACCAUUUCCUCCUGGGCCACAGUCACGGGACUGACUGGGUGGAGUACAAUGCCCGUAGCUGGCUGAAUUACGCUAAGCAGAAUCCUGCUUCUACAAACGCUGCAUUCCUCCUGCAGGACUCCCAAAAGUAAAGACCUAUCUGCUUGCAUGCGUCUUUGAGUGGUUAUUCCAUAAUAACUAUCACUUAAGUGAAGUUUUCAACAUUUUAAGGCUGAAUUGGUGUUUCUUUUGUAGGAAGAUCAUCAGCUCGUUGUUCAUGAGCAGGGCUGGUGGAGGCACAGCCCUUACAGGAUCCAUUGCAGGUCUUGAAGGUGUUUCGCAGCUCUCCUUGCGGCGGGCCACCAGCAUGAGGAAGACCUUCACUACUGGGGUGGCUGCUAUCAAGAAGAAGUCUUUGUGCAUUCAGAUCAAGCUUCAAGUGGUGAGAGGAAAAGAUGAAACCAAGCACUCAAUCAAACUUUGAUUUUUUAAUAUUUUUGUGUCGACUGCGACGUUCCAAAAUGUGCCAACUUCACUGUGAAUCAACAGAUCCACCUUUUUACAAUCAUGGCUCCUGUUUGGUUUAUUAACAGAGCAUUUCACACCUGUUAUGAAACGACUUGGCAGACUGAUGUGAUGAAGAUAACAGAGCUCAUAGUGAAAUAUUAGCCCACUUUGGUACAGUCACAAAUUGCUUAAUGCAGCUUUAAAGAAAAUAAAUUGAGAUGAAAGCCAGUAAUUUGGCUGCAGUCAGAGUUGGACUUGAAAUUGAACUAGGCUCUGUGUGAGUCUUUCAUGAAAUCAUUUGUGCAAUUAUUUGCUUUUAAAGCUUUCACUGACAGAACAUAGUCAUUGGCUGAUUCAGUUUCUGAAGUUCACCGUUCUGCUGGACUUUGGUUGAACAUGAAAUAUUAUUACUUUUUGGUAGGGGUGUCCCGAUACAACUUUUUGACUUCUAAUACCAUACCGAUAUUUUACCCUUCAGUCUUGACCGAUAUCGAUAUUGAUCUGAUAUUGGCACAAAUUGUGCACAAAAUUGUCACUCAGCUGCAAUGUCUUUUUCGGGGUUAAACAAAAAUACUGCCACAAGGCCAACAUCACUCUUACUCCUUUCUACUUUGUUAGUACCGUAGUACACACUAAUGUAGUGAUUUUGUGGGCUCAGCUUGCUGGAUCAGGCCGCUGCUAGAUAAAGGUGCCAGAAUGUAGACUGGAAAGGACUGAUAUUGGAGAUUUUAGAUGCAGGCCAAUAUAAUCCGCUAUUCGUUUUUUUUUGCUGAUAUUGGACCAAUAUCCGGUAUCCCGAUAUCAAUAUCGUAUUGGGACACCCCUAGUAUUUGGUAUUGUGUUUUAGGUUUUCAUUCACAUGGAUUAUGAUCAUGUUGGAGAAUGAUAACAACAUUACCAAGAAUAUUAAGAAUAAAGGCAGGGGAUACGAAUCAUGAUCCAGCAUUCACAGUCAACAUAUAAAUGUAUAUAAAAAAUACAGUUUUACAAAAAAAACAGUAUGACAGCAUGACUGAGCUGUACGGUUUUCUGCAGAAUUAAGUAAAAUACAUAACAAGAAAUGUGCAGACGGUCAGAGUAUAAAGAAUGAAUAAGUUUAAAGGGUUAAAGAUGGAAAUAUACAGCUGGAUGUGCACAUGUGUAGCUCCUAAGAACUUCUCAGAAGGUUGUUGCUGCCCCAACCAUGACUAUAAAUCAAGCUGGUAAAAGGAAACAGAAACUUGUACCAGGGGUUAAAAAACCAAGGUGUUCAUGUAGCAGAAAACAAAUUAUUGUAUAACGAACAACAGAAAAAUAUAGCAACAAACAUCACUUAUAAAUACAUGAGGUUAAGCAGCAGGGAGCAGAACUGGCCUGCUUAAGUAAUCCACAUUAAGCUUUACAGUACAGAGUGUAUGUUCAUAAGUGCUUGGUAAAAGCACCAUUAAGAAUGAAUGUGGUUUCAUUUACCUUAGAUAUGCUUGUUAAUUCAGGACUGUGAGGUGCAAAGGAUUUUGCUGUUUUGGUGCCAAAGUUAAUGAUUGCACAAAAAUGUGUAUGUGGAUAAUACUCAAUGACUUAUCCCUGCCAGAGUCCCUAACCCUGCUCUGUUAUUCUCAGGACGCUCUCCUUGAUAUGGUGCGGAGGUCCAGGACUCACUUUGUUCACUGCAUUUUGCCCAAGGCUGAUGCCCUUAAGGCUCUUAGUGGAUCCCUGUUCAAAGCAGGGGAAUGUGAGGCUCAGGGGGAGACUGGAGAUCCAGGCUUGAUGCAGCUGGAUGUAGCCUUGCUUCGUGCUCAGCUCCGAGGCUCAAAGCUGCUCGAUGCUCUCCGUAUCUACAGGCAAGGUGAGGCAGCUGCUUAAGCCUCAGACUAAUAAAGGGCAAAGACACACAGACCUCAAGUGUGUCUGAAAAUUUGAAUCUAAAAGUUUUUUUUCAGGUAUUUGUUCAUUUAAAAGUCUCCUUCAUUUUUCCACCAUUCAAAUAAAUGAUGUAACUUAACACUGACCUUCACAGGUUACCCCGAUCACAUGGUGUUCUCUGAGUUUCGACGGCGCUUUGAUGUGCUGGCACCGCACCUCACCAAGAAGCACGGGAGGAAUUACAUUGUGAAGGACGAGAAGAGAGUAAGUCAAUCAGCCAGAGAGGAAAAUGUACGGCCCCGCCAGUUGCCAGGCAAGCACAGUGAAGAUUAAUGUUGUGAGGAGGCAGCUUCAUUACAUCUGCCCCUGGUUUGUCAGCAGCCAACUGACAGAGGGAUAAACUGUCAUCAGUCAGAGCCUUUGUAAUGAUCUAAUCAACUUAACCUUAUCAAUAUCAUGCCUGUUAAAGAGGCGGAUCAGCAUUUUGGCUUAAAGAGCUUAUCAUCUUUUGUAAUGCAGGAACUAGCUGUCAAGGUUUUUUUUCCCCUUGCUUUGACUGUGCUGAUGUUUUACCCCUUAAGUGCUUCUGUUGCAGAUUUGAGGCUGUAUGUGUGUGUCUAUCGCCUCAGAAAGGAACAAAACGGAUAAUUAUCACUUUAUGAGGUGUGGAAUUUUUUUUAACUACUUAACAUUUCUGUUGUUACACUCCAAGGACUAUCAUGUAAAAAGAAGCAUCUUUAGUGUCAUAUUAUAGGGUUUAUCUUGUUUUUUUCUUCCAUGAUGACAUAACUUCACACAGCAGGUGUAAUCACAAAGCAUUUGGACUUCAUGUCAUCCAGCUGCAACAAGCUGUUAUGUUGUAGCUUGUAUCCAUGGAUGCUUUGGCCUUUAUAUCACUAGAAACCGAGACAAAAUACAUAAAUUCAUAUAUCUAUAUUUAUGAACCGUACAUCUUGAAGAUCAGUUCCGGUUCUGCACCCAUGUGACUUUAAACACAGAUUCAGAAAUAGCAGGCUUACUCACUCAAGGUAAUUUCAGAUACUAUUAAAGAUAUGCACAAUAUACAACACAGUGUUCACAAAAGUGAAUUCAAAAAGAAAUACUAUAAAUAUAUAUACAUAAAAUGCAGUAUCAACGCAAACGAUUUCUCGCUUAGAGCAGUUGAAUCACAACAAAGAAGAAUGCACUGAUUCUUACAAUAAUAACAAUACUCUAGAGUUUUUUUUUAAUUAAUACCUCUAAAUUUUUUAAGUGCCACUCUGACACAGUAGAUGAGAUGAACACUGAGGUGGAAAAUAAAAAGGAUUUUGUCCCAAUAAAGUAUUUCUUUUAAUAGCCGUGAACACUUGGUAUACAAUAUUUAACUUAAAGCAACUGUUGGGAUCUUCAGUUUGGAUUUGGCGCCUCCUGUGGACAAAGUACAUUAUACCCACUGAGCGAUUGACGGCCAUUAGACGUCUAGUUUUUCUUAGACCUAACUUUAACUGUCUAGAUUCUGUGUAUUUUUUAGAUGGAAUUUAGACGUUGCACUGUAACCCAUUAUUUGAUAACUAUUUAUUUCAAAAAGCAACUGUGAGUUGCAUAACUAAUCUUCAAGUACUUAACAAAAAUAAUUGUGAUAGCCGUUGAGCAAUAUACAGUGUAGUAAAGAUAUAGCCCAGAUUUAGACUUGGUCUAAACUUGGUCUAAAUUUAGACGUCUAAAAAACUUAGACCUGUGGUAGCCUGAUUUUAGACCAGUCAUCUAGGCUACAUUUAGACUUCUAUGAGACCUCCUUUAGACUAAGAAAUGCUCAGUGGGUAUGAGGUCCCUUCAAGAGCACAGGAGAUUCUGGUUUGGUUAUCUUUAAGUCUGUUUCUGAAUCAGGUUAAUGCUAUCCCGAAAAAUCAGAGAAUGGCCUAAAACAUUUGAUAACCUCUCGGACAGCAACAAAUAGUGGAUUCAAUCUUUUGCAUCAUUUAGAUUAAACAGUUUUAACAACUGUAGGCGGGACAUUAUUACACAGCCAAGAGUGGAGACUUCAGGCAGAGAGAGGCGGCUGUGUAAAAGCUGAACAAACGCGUUUUAAAAUAAACUUACUUUAUGGGCUAACGGUGGAAAAAACAGCUGAUGAGUAUUGCAAAAAUGCUGAAUAUCGGCCAAUAUUAUUGGUCGAUCCUUAGUUAAAACUAUUGUGAAUAUUAAAAGAGGCUUGUUGUUUUAAAGUCAAUUAUUAUUAUUUUUUUUAAACAUUGUGCAAACAUCUUGUUGCAGCAUUGAAACAGAUUUGUAUUAUAACGCAUUUUCCACAUUAUAAAAUGUUAGUGAUCAGCUUUUUCCUCACAUGGCGGCUUUAGGCUUCCAUUCAAGUUAAUGAAAAAAUGAUUGCACAGCGAUUGUAUGAGGAUUAUUCUUAACUAUCAGGGAAGUUUUGUUUUGGUGCUCUUGGCAACAGAAGUCUUGCUCGCAGUGCAGUGGAGGAAAAACAUUUAAGCAAAAGUUUGUUUCUAGAAAGAAAUGAGGAGGAUACAGAGAGAGUAAGUGAAAGAAUGGGGUUGGGAGAGAAAAGCUCUUCUCCCCUGUGUCUGUGUACUGGGGCUGAGUUUCUGUGGAAACACUGGCAAACAAAAGCCCCUCAGUGCUCAUGGCAAACCUCUCCUGGUGUAAUCUAGAUGUGCUCUUUCAGGCCGGAGGCUCAAGCAGAGAGAAAAGGCUGAAAGAGAACAGUACACCUACAGUAUGCACAGGCUGCUAGAUGGCCGGGGAGAGGCUCCAGGCUGGCUGAUGCGGUAUCUCUGUAUAGCCUGGAUAUUUGUUCAAAGCUGCGAUAGGGCCCAGACCACCAGGGGGUCCUGAGGAGUUAGCCAGGAGCAGGUGGAUUCUCGGGGAAAAGUUGUAAUUGGGUUGUGGUUGGGGUUGGGAGGCUCCGAGAAGCCAAACUUUUCCCAGGCUUACUUUCAAAAACUAAACCCAGUCAGGAAUGGAUGUGAGAACAGACUGGAAACUACCCUGUACCAUUAGUUCAGCAUGGCAACUUUUGGGAACUGUGGACUACUGAAGUGUUGCAGUGUCAGUAGAAGUUCCCACUGGAUCCACCAGUUCAAAGACUAAGUGUGUCUCUGUGUGUGUGUCUUCGUGUACACAUGUGCCUUCACCCAGGCUGCAGAGGAGCUACUGGAGUCCUUGGAUUUGGAGAAGAGCAGCUACCACAUGGGUCUGAGUAGGGUGAGUAAUGCCACAAACAUUUCAAACAACUAAACAGUUUUAAUAAGAGUGAAUACAGCCCUGCUGCCAGUCAUUUUCACCUUUUAAAGCUCUUAGCACAGCGCUGCAGCGGGCUUCUCAGUUUUCUUUUAAAGCAUGUACCAUUUUUUUGGAGGCACUUGCUGCCUCAGGGAUUGUUUCUUCAUUACACCUGUCCUUCUUUGAGGUUUGUUUUCCAGCCUUUUUGAAGAGUUGCCUUUCCCACCUCUCCUGUUUUUUAGCUAGUGGCUACACAAGAGGCAUGUUUCUCCUCUGCCCAAAUACGUGACCGCAACUUCCUGUUUCUUUUCAGGUCAUUAGAGCAAAUUCUUGCAACUGAUGGCCCUCUUUGUUUUGCACCACAGCCAUUGUGAAGUAAUCACAGUAAACACUGGCUGGCACUCUUUGGUCUAAUCCAGGGGCAUGGCCAUAAGCCAAGAAGGAAAUCAAAGGAAACAACAAUGUGCAAAAACAGUGGGACUUCUGCACCCGUACAUGUCCGCUGCAAAGAGUGCUUUUAAAACACAGGAGGCACUUGUAGUCCUCUUCACGGUGCCUCACUUUGGAGAAGACAGAAGUAGACAAGCACAUUUGGCCAUUCGGAAAGCAUUCCAAUGGCUUCCUAGCAACCUGUCUCACAUGCAUGCCAAUUACAGCAGACCUACGUAACCCUGGAGAGGGGCAAGUGACACAGCUCACUCAGAAUAAAACAUGCAUUUAGAGAAGAGCCACAUCUUGAAACAGUAUUUCUGUACACUUUCAAAAAGGAUUCUUGAACCACUAGAAUAGCCAUGACAGUCACUCUUAUCAUUCAUACACAAUAUACGCAUAUUAUCAUUUCUUAUGAAUAAUUGAUAUCAAAUCUACGAAUUAAUAGACCUGUAUGGUUAAGAUAGUUAAGGCUUAAACCUCUCAUUAUUCUGCCAGAGUUAAUCCCUUGAUCCUGAUGUAUUUAAAGUCUUAUCUAAAAGGACAACAUUAUGCUGAAUUAAAAAACAACACUGACUAUAUUAUCUUCUUAGGAGGAUCACCUGAACAAGCUCUUGAGUCGCUUUGUCAAACAAUUUCCUGGUUUUUGGAUAAAGGUAGUUUUAGGUAUUCGCUAUCUGAAUGAAUUAAAUCCUCAGUGUGGAUUAAGUGUCAAGCACUAAUGACAUAUGGAGUGUUGAAGUUGUUAAUAUGGCUGUUCAUAGUAGAAAUGGUCAGUGUCUUUUUAUGUUGAAUAAAUCGUAAACAUAAAGACAAAUUUUACUCUAGGGGUGGGAGAAAAAAUUGAUUCAGCAUAGUAUUGCGAUAUUUUGUCUGGUGAUAUAUUUUAUCGUCUAAGUCAUUAAGUAUUGAUUUUUCAAGUUAAUUUCUAAUAUGAAGUCAAAUCUAUGAUAAUGGAAACAUAAAAUCAACUGUUUGUCCAGUGAGGUUGGCAGAGGAGACAUCACAGAGCUGGAGAAAGUUAGUACAACAAAUAUAUAAGGUUUGCAAGAUGUGCUACAUGAAAAUAAAAUACAGCGUAAAUAAGACAAACAUAAAGACAAAUGCUAAAUUAGUUAAACAGUUGAAAAAAAAUCGCAAUAUUGUAUCGCAAUACUGUAUCGCAAUACUCACUGUUAUGCAAAAUGUCAAAAAUCGCAAUAAUAUCGUAUCAUGGCCCAAGUAUCGUGAUAAUAUCGUAUUGUGGGGCCACUAGUAAUUCCCACCCCUAUUUUACUCAUACUAGUAGCAGAAUGGAAAGUCAUGUGGUUAAAAAUGAUUAAAUUAUCAACGUGAAAUGUAAAAAAAAAAAAUAACAUGAUCGCAUUUUCCUUUCUAUGCAAUAUGCAUUGAUAUCUAGUCACUGGAUAUGUCGGUCCUCCCUAUUGGUUAGCAGAUCUCCCUGGGAAACAGCUUGUUCAACACUUUUUUUGUUAUCUUACCAUGUACAGAUUAGUUCACUUUUAAAGAACUGGUUCUUGUAUAGAAGGACCUUGGGUGAAGACAGUCCAUCAUCUAUCCAUUCAUACCUAGCAAGCACUCUCAGUACCUAGCUCAGGUGAAUUAUCGACGGGCUUUGACGUGCUCUGCAUUGGCUGUUCACCUGAUAUUUACCUUUGGCCCAGAUUAGAAACAGACAAGACUGAUAGUCAAGAUAAAAACGUAAUCACAGCUUUCUCACGUAGCUAAGACUGUCUUGUCUGGGGAUUACAAAGCUUCUUAUUGAUUAACUGCUUCAGUGCACUUACUUUUAUCUCAGCUCUAUUUUUAUUUUGCUCUUGUUCUUCCCAUUAAUCAGGUCCUCUGUGUCUGAUUUCCGUUCUCGCUAAAAUAAACAUUACACAAUCAUUCAAUAAUUCAAUACUUUGCUAUUAAAUUCAUUCAGAGUUACAUGUGUGCUUGUGUUUUUGCUCUAGUUGUUCUUCAGAGCUGGCACCUUGGCUAAGCUGGAGGAACAGAGGGAUGAGCAGACCAAGCGUAAUCUGACCCUGUUCCAAGCGGCCUGCAGAGGUUAUCUGGCACGGCAAGCCUUCAAAAAGAGAAAGGUAGGCUUGAUGUCACACCCAAAGGGAAAUGUUUUGGGCAUGCCAAGUCAGUUCAUAAGUAUUUGUAUGUCUUUUUGGCACGUUUACUCAAGUUUAGCAGGCACAAAAGCUUCACUGUGUUUUUCUUUUGUAUUGUGUCCACAUAAAAUUGAACUUUUGAAUUGUCACAUGCAGAAAUAUGCCAAAAGUAAAAUGUGCAGGUAAAUGUCUAUGUACUACUUGGAAGCAUUUAUAGUCAAGUUUCAGACCUCAUUAAAGCCCCAUGAAUUAGUAAACAAACAAAAAUCAAUAAUCCGUUGUUCACCUUUACUCAUUAUUACCAUUCGCAACUUGUAGAGCUGUUGUAUGAACUAAAUAUCACAUCCGAGGUUGUGCUGUUGUGCUGAGUAUUGGCAUGUCUGUGGCUCUCUUUAUCUAUGAUCUGUCUACAACAACAUUUGUUCUUGUGUAGUCUUGCAAAUCAACAUAUGAGUAACUUUUCUGUUUAAUAUUUUUACAGAUAUAAUUUGCAAAUUUGUAACAAAUAAUUAAAAACCAUGACAUCAAAUAGAAAACACACUGAACAGAGAACGUAGAUAUAGUCUGUAUGUAAUAAUGCAAUUAGUCACAGAAACAUAAGAAUAAAAGAUAAAUACAUAGAUAAAAGUAAAAGUAGAUAUAUAAACAAAAAAAAUAAUAAUAAUAAGAGAGGGGUGGGGUGAUAGGGCUUACAUUGUCGCAACAAGAUCCAUAAAUGGUUGCCAUUUGUUAUAGAAGUUGUUCAAGUGUCUAAUAUCCAAUUUUCUCAGUUUUUAAGAAGGACAUAACCUCCCUCAUCCAUGAGUAACUUUUAAGGGUUUACAAUCACGAAGUAAAAGAUGCAAAAAUAAAUUUCAUACUUUAAAAGCAUAUGAAGUAAGCUGCUUUUUCUUCAUGAAUGGGUUAUUGGGUGAAGGAAAUGAGCUCUUGAAGCUGUGUUACCUCUGAGCCUGAGAGGUGUUGAGUUCCUCACUUAGAGCUAAUUUAAGUGCAUGUUUUAUGCUGCACUCAUGGUAGAUCUAAGUAGGUCUGCAGUAAAUUUCCAGUUAAUUAUAAAUGUGUUUCAUAAAUGUAAAUUUACCAGCCUAAACCCCGCCCCUUUGAAUGAAUCCAUCCAAUCAGCUCCCACACUGUGAUAUUUGCUUUUGACACAUCAGUUUAACCAAAGUGUUCUCCUUUUAAUGAAGCUCUAUCAGAUAUGCUGCUGACUCACACGUCCAUGCGCUCCACCCAUCUUCCAUUUUUCUCCCAGCGUGUGAUAGGUCCAUCUCUCUUGACCUCGUACACGUCUUCUUGUGAUGUAUGGACUCGUGCAGUUGCUCUCCCUCUCUUUGAUUACUGUUUAAGUGAAUGUGCUCCUUCAGCUGGCGAGUGAUGAAACAGCAGAAACAGAAUCAACAUGGAUGCUUUCCUACGAGAAUGACAUGCUGUUAGUGGAAAGAGACAUCAUGUUCACUUGUGUUUGAUGCCUGUGAGAUUAUUAAAUUGCCGACUUUGCAAUAAGGUAAAUCAAUAUGACCUUUUCUAUUACUGGACUCCCAGCUCUGCUCAGUUAUUACCGUUUUUACCAUAAGAGUUUGAGUAAUGGCUGUGAGUUCAAAUGGGGAGGCAAGAGCGCCAGUGUAUUUUCUUUAUUAAGUUCAAAAGGUCAUUAUUCACACAGUGAGGCAGGCCAGUGCUUCAUUAUGUGCAAGGACUUAAAGGAAAUCAACAGUGAGAAACCAUUCAAAAUUGCCAGGCAACCGUGCAAUUACAAAAUCCAUUAGCAAAGAGGCAUCUUUCCCCUUUGCCCCCAUGUGCCCCCUGUCUUCUGUAAAUGUGUCCUUAAUAGAAAGUUAAGAUUCUGGUUGGGUUUUUGUCAUAACAUUACUGCUUUUAACUGAAUUGAAGUUGGCAGCCUCGGCUGUGACAUUGAGUCAUAAAUUUGAUCUGAACCAACGUAUUGUCUGUCAUGUCAAGGCUAUAGGAUGAUCCAAUGUAAAGGCUCAUUAAAACUGAGCACAUGGUCCAAUCCAAUCCAAUCUGCUUUGUUUAUAUAGCACAUUUAAAGAAGAACUCAAGUUUACCCAAGUACUGCACAGUAAAAUUAAAAGAACGAACACUGCAGAAAACAUCAAGAGGAAAUAAAUAAAAGCAGGUAAAAAAAAACAUUUAAAAUGAAAUAAAAACACAAAAGCAUAAAAGAAAUAAAAGUGAUUAAAAGGGCCCUAAAAGACAUAAAAGGACAGAGAUCACACAACUCUCAUGCUGAAUUAAAAGCCAAGGAACAAAAAUGAAAUAAAAAUAAAGAUAAAGAUAAAAUCACGAGUGGCAUUAAUUUCACAAUUUGGGAGCCUUAGCCGAGAAAGCUCAGUCACCACAGGUUUUUGAACGUGUUGGAGCUGAUCAGCAGACCUCAAGGAACGUGGGGGGGGGGGGGUAUAAACAUUUAGGAGGUCAGAGGUGUACUGUGGUGCUGAUCUGUUUUAAGAUUUAAAAACAAACAAUAAAAUUUUAAAAUUAAUCCUAAAAUGAAUGGGAAGCCAAUGGAGGGAUGCCAGGAUUGGAGUGAUUUGAUCAUGUUUUUGUUUACCUGUUAAAAAACAAGCAGCAGCAGUUUGGUCAAACUGUCAGUGUGUGAAGGAAGCCUGAUUAACACCAACCUAAAGAGCAUUACAGUAGUCCAACCGUAUCGAAAUAAAAGCAUGAAUCACUCGCUUAAAAUCAUGAAAAGAUAAAACAGAUUUAAUCUUGGAUAAAAGCCUCAGAUGAUAAAAACUGGAUUUAACAACAGAGUUGAUUUGUUGAUCCAAUUUAAAAUCAUUGUCAACUUUUACACCAAGAUUUAAAACUGUGGGUUUAAAAUGGAGGUAAAAGAGGAUGAUAAUGCUGCUAAAACUUAUACCCAUGGCCAGCCAUACUUUCCCUCAGAAUAAAUAAAUUAGAUUGAGUUUAUUCCUGUUCACUAAACCAACAAAUAUGCAUCUCAGAUGUCGGGGACUUGUUUUCUAUAUUAAGAUACAAAUGAUGACUGAUACCACUAUUAUGUCUGUGGGUUUAGUUUAAAGCUACUGCCAGUGAGCAGGUUAGCCGGACACAAAGACUGGACACAGACAAUGUUCAAUGUAACGCUGCUCCUAUCUCUGAUUUCAAAGCUUGCUAAAAGUUACAGUGUCAAUCAGAACCACAUUAUUUUUGAUCAUUUUGAAACUCACCAUAAAAAUAGUUUUUUUCUAAAUAUUCAUUCGCAUAAACUUUAUUGAAAAUAUAUUCUAUGACAACACAAAUGUGCGACAAAGUGAGAUUAUGUUGGAAACAAAAGUCCUCACUGAAAUGAUAUGAGGAGGACAGACAAACAAUGAGAUAUUUAAAUGAAUGAGUUAUUGAAGCCAUGCUGUCACCUAUUCUUCUGAUCAGAAGGUACUUUAUGAUGCAAUAUGGGAUUGUGCAGCAUUUCACUGCUACGCAUACUCCAGAAACUCAGCUGAACUCCGGUCUUUUCUGUAAUGGAAAGAUUUAAAUGGUCGAAUUAAGACGCAAAUGUUUUGCUUUCUUGAACUAAAAAAAUGACCCAAAAUAUAAAUCUGACUUCAAACAGUUUGAAGUCCUUAUCUGCAGUCAAGUGUGAGAUUAAGAUAUAGAGAAAUCAGAAGGAAGUGUACUGCUGGAAAUUACUUCUCAAGCAAAGAAAGUAUGCUGAAUUUUGUUCAUCAUUCAGUUAUUUCACUUGUCCAGUAUGCGGUAUACAGCACUUGGUGCAGUGAUCUCCUAAAGGGCAUCUUUCUCCUCUUGAAUCUCAUCGUUUUUAUGUUACUACUGAUCCAGUUAGCACACCCCUGAGAAAUUGAACACAAGCAGGCCUGUGGUGGAUUAUUAAGUGAUUUUCAUCUCCCCAUCUCUCCAUGUAGAAGAUUUACAGUGUGUGCUGCUGUUCAAUCUGAGAGUAAUCAUCAUAUAAUAACAUCCAAUUGCACCCUUGCUGUUACCUUGUAUUUGUGGAAAUUGAUUGGGCUCUGUUGCCUCUUGCUCAGUUUGAAGUAUCCAGUCUUAACAAGCACAGUACACUACAUGAUCAUUUGCCUCAGGAAGUGUGCAGAUGAGUUCUGGCGAGCAAAGCCUGUCAGACGCUCAGUGGUUAAUGUAUAUGGAUGUGAGUAGAAAUUAAUAUUCUCUGGCAUGUUAAACAUGUAAAGUGAGUCAGGCUCAUGUGACAUUAAAUGACAAAGCCAUAUUUUCCCCCUUUUUCCUUCUUCCAGCUGGUUACCCAAGGGGACAACCUGACAUUUUAAAAGUAUGUUAUUUUGUCUCAGCUGGUGCGUAGCGCAUUGGGAAUUUUGUCCUUCAGGAACUAAAUGAAUGUUCUUUUUUUAGCUUCUUCUUGUGGUGAAACCAGUGUAAGGCAGCAAAGCUUUUGGCCAGUGAUGGUUUACCUGCUCAUCUGCACUUUCCUUUAUUUCAGGCUUUUAUCACGUCUACCAGCUUUAUACUCAGAAUAUGCUGAUGAAUAGCAAGAAAAAUGGCCAAAUGAAUCAUAUUUUUGUAAGAUUGAGAUGUCACAAUUAAAUUGGUUGACAGGCUUGCCAUGCAAACCUACAUUCUGCUGAGAAUAGGGAGGGGUGGUGGUGGUGGGGGUAUGGGGCAUAACAAAAAAAAUGGAGCAUGGCAGACUUUUUCAUGUAAAAAAUAGGAUAUAAUAAUGAUGCAGUUUCUGCAACUGAAGAUUCACAUUUCGAAAGAAAGGUUGGGAUGUUCCUAAACUGCACUGAAUAAGUGAUCCCCAUACUACUGCAGAGCAAAUGCUGUUAUUUUUCAAUGAGAUUACUUUCCCUUAUUUGAACAAGACAGAUUAUUGUGAGGAGAUACUGACAAAUGAUGAUAACCUGCUACUUAUUAAAUAUAACUCCCAGUUUCUUAACAUUGGUGCUAAGUAACAGACCAAUGCCAUUUAAUGCAAUUAUAUCUUUAGAAACUGUCUCUCUAAGGUGUUUGGGGCCAAGAACAUUAUCUGUAAAUUCGUCUGAGUCGACUAGCAAAAAGCUUGUUAGUCAUUCAUGUAUUUAUAUAACUAAGAAAUGCCUCUAGUUGAGUAAUCUGAUUGGUAUCUUCCGGCUUCAUUUAUUUGCUAUAACCCAGUAUCAUCUGCCAAACAGUGAAAAAAAGCAAAUUUUCCUCUUGAAAUUUCUUAAAGGUAGUAUGUAUAGAGUGAAAAGAAUUGGCCCAAACCGUAGACUGUUUAUAGAAUGGACGCCAUCUGCCUCCUCGCUGGGUGAAGCCAUCCCGAGAACAGCACCCUCUGGUGAUGGGCUGCAGUAUAGGUCAUAAAUCCCGCCUCCUCUAGCAAUCCCUAUGGAGCUGUGGACAAACUUUAGAAAGUAAUUACACAGAAUUUACAUUUUUUCAUCCCCCCUGCAUGCAGUUUUGACAUGUAGUUACUGUAAGACUAGUUGAAGAUUGCGGAGCUCACCCGGGGGAUUUGCUGUUUAUAUAUAUAUAUAUAUAUAUAUAUAUAUAUAUAUAUAUAUAUAUUUGUAUAUAUAUAUAUAUAUAUGUAUAUAUAUUUGUAUAUAUAUAUAUAUAUGUAUAUAUACAUAUAUAUAUAUGUGUGUGUGUGUGUGUGUGUGUGUGUGUAUAUGUGUGUGUGUGUGUGUGUGUGUAUGUUUAUAAACUGAGGGAGUGGUAGGGCCCUGAUUAUACCAUAUAUCUAAUCACAGCUGCUUUCCUUAAGCAUGUUGUCACAUCAUGCUCCAUGAACUGAUCAUUAAGUGUUGCCUUCAAAGAUGGGAUCAAAGUGAUAUCAGAAGACGCAUCAGUCAGAUAUCACAGCACUUAGGAUAUCAUGCAGAUCUGAUUGAAUGCAUAUGGCUCAUGCACUGAGAGCACAACUGUGAACUGUAAUAGUGAAAAGAGUGAAGGAGGGAACAUAAAAUCACAUUUUUGUCUCAAUCUUGGCUCACAAUCCUAAUUCACAUCAUGCUGUCUCACAGUUGUCACACCCCCUUAAUGUGACAUGAAUAUCAAACUGCUUUUUCAUGGUGCUCAUGUAGCAUACUCUUUUGUUUGUUUUUUAUUCAUUUUUGACUAAAUAUGACAAGUGAGACCUGCUUAAAUCUUCUGUCAGAGAUUGGCUGCAUUUUGCUCUGUGUUAAGGCUUUCACUGUGUGACAAAUCCUAAUUGGUCAUAGAGAGUACCUUCAGGGCGAUAUGUACCUGAUGCUGAGAAUUGUGUCGCUCUAAUUGGGUUUGCCCGUAAUCUGCUACUGCUGCUGCUGCUGCUAGAGAGCCUCAUGCAUAAGCAGCAUGGAAAAUGUGUAAUACUUGGAAUUAGCUGCCAACAUGUUUGAUUUAAUUAAUCAAAAAUUAGCUCCCAGUCUUGGAACACACUCUGCAGAAACUCUCCAGAGGAGGCUGGCAAGUCCUGGGAUUGCUGCUAGCCCAAACACAGACAAUAUAAAAAAAGAAUGAGGAGUGAAAUGUUUUUCAAAUAGUGUUCAUUAGGGCUUAGGAUGAUAUGGUAGCAGCAAAUUAGCUCUACACAGCACGUAUUCCACUGAGAGUUUUAGAUUUUCUCAAACUUCUGGCGCAGUUUCAUGAGCCUCUGGACAUAAGGAAACUGUCAAAAAUUGUAUCCAUAAAAUGAAUCUACCACCAUGCUUGAGUGGGAAAAUAACUUGAAAGUUAGAUCACUUUUUUAUUGUUUUUUGCAGUGAUUGUAUUAUAAUUCAGUAUGAUAAAAUGUGAAGGGAUUACACACGUGAAUAUGUUUGCUUGCUGCUAAGUCUAACCCCAAAACAAGCCUGCUUAGCCUCAGCAUGUCUGCGCCAGUGACCUCAGAAGGAUGAUAUUAUAGACUAUUGUGUGUUAAGAACUCACUUCGUUGUAGUUUGUAACCGAAUCAGAAUUAGCUUUCUUGGCCAAGUAUGUAAACACAUGCUAGGAAUUUCACUCUGGUGAACUUUACUCUCUUUGUUCAAACAUUACACAUAAAAUGUUACAAAAAUUAUAGAGUAUGUACAACACAAAAUAAACAUUUAACAUAUAUAUACAAAACAGUAGUGCAAUUGUGCAAUGAUGAAAAAUGAAGUGAAGAGUAUAGAUGUCAUUUUAUUACACGUGAAUUAUAUACAUGAGGUAAAUAUGCAUUAUGUUUACAGUAUUAACACUUAAUUGAAUAUUAAAUAUCAACGGUGUGCAGAGGUAUAUGUCUGAUGAGAAAAGUAUUGAUCGAUAACCUGAUUUAACAGUAAUAUGAGUCCCUUGAAGUCACAUCUGUCGGUCUGUGUCUCUGUGAAUGAAAUCACAGUGAUCUGAAUUUUAAUUUCUCACCUGAAAACAUGUCAUUUCCUGAGGUCUGUCUCAGAAUACAGGUAGUUUAACAACAAAAAAGGGAGUUUUAAAGUAAAUUUUGUCAGAAAUGAAAUGUGUUUAUUAUGGAUUUAGCUUUAGCGAAGCUGUUAUUUAGCAGUGAUUGUUAGGAGUUACAGUUGCUGCUUUGACUAUGAGUUACAGCCACUGCCCUCUUCUUUGUUUCCUCUUGGACUCAAGACAACUGAGUAGUGCUUUAAUCUUAGCAUCUGUGUGUGUGUGUUUGUUUGUGUGUGUAUGUAUGUACAUGACAAUACAAAAGCAAGUCUUCAUACUGCAUCUCUCUGUGGUGACUGGGUGUCUUGAUACUCCUUCAGAUUCAGGAUCAAGUAUUUGCAUCCAAAGAUAAUAAGUUUACAGAUGCAGUCAAGUGUCACUACCAAACUGUUGUUUCUUCAGAUUCAGGAUCUAGCAAUCCGCUGCAUUCAGAAAAACAUCACAAAGAACCGAGGUGUGAAGGAUUGGCCAUGGUGGAAGCUCUUCACCACAGUCCAGCCCCUCAUAAAGGUCCAACUCACGGAGGAGCAGAUGCGAAACAAAGACGUGAGCACACAACCUCUCAUGCACUUUUCAGAUAUUUAGCCUCUUACUGUAUUCUCACAUUUCCUGUUGCGUAUUUUUUCCGUUUCUUGUACCGCUCAAAGCAUCGCAGUUUAGCAGUAAUGUGACAGGAUGCUAAAUGCUAUUUUUUUUUACUUAAGGAGGAGAUCCAGCAGCAGAAAGUGAAACUGGAAAGGGUGGAGAAAGAGCGAAAUGAGCUGCGACUGAACACUGAUCGACUGGAGAGCAGGGUGGGUUUUUUUUUUUUUUUUUUUUGGCAAAGCAUUCUGGGAGGAUGGUGUUCAUGAUAUGUUUUUCGAACUAUUUUUACUUUUUGGCUUCAAAACAACUGCGUGGAGUUUGUUUGUAGUCAUACCCUGAGUGUGUCUUUGUGUCCAGAUUGCUGACUUGUUGGCAGAACUUGCUGAUGAAAGGAGCACGAGUGAGUCAGCGUCCCAGCUGCUUGAGACGGAGACAUCUGAGAGACUCCGCCUGGAGAAGGACAUGAAGGACCUACAGGCACGUGCACUGAUCUUGACACUUUUUCACAGAGUAUUGUUGGACAAAUUCUGAUUUUGAAUAAGACUGACAAGCUCUUUUUUUUCUUUUUUAACCAUGUGUGAAUCUGUGGGUUUCAGGCUAAGUUUGAAGGUGUAACGAAGCAGUUAGAGGCCCAGGAGAUGGAGGUGAUGGAGGCUCGACUCAUGAAAACUUCUGAACUCAACGGGGAGAUGGACGAUGACGAUGAUGAUGAUGCUGGUUAGUUGGGCUAGAAAUUAAUCAUGAAUUAAUUACGUAGGGGAGAGUGGGGUAAGUUGAGCCAAAGGGUAAGAUGAGCCACCCCCUGUUACUUGGAAAUGGUAAAAGAAAUUGAUCAUGUGACCAAAUAUUUAGGAGAUGGGCAUCAAUUCAUGGAGUCUGUGAAGGUUAGAAGCACAUGGGUGAAGGGGUUAGACAUUUAAUUCCAAAAGAAAACAUCUUUCACUCUUGAAAGUGAAUCUAGGGCGGCACAGUGGUGUAGUGGUUAGCACUGUCCCCUCACAGCAAGAAGGUCCUGGGUUCGAAUCUGGGUCAGGGCGUUUCUGUGUGGAGUUUGCAUGUUCUCCCUGUGUCUGCGUGGGUUUACUCCAGUUUCCUCCCACAUCCCAAAAACAUACAUAAGUGGGAUUAGGUUAAUUGGCCACUUUCAAAUUGCCCGUAAGUGUGAAUGUGAGCGUGGAUGGUUGUUCGUCUUUAUUUGUCAGCCCUGCGAUAAACUGGCGAAUUGUCCAGGGUGUACCCUGCCUUUGACCAAAGGUGCUGGGAUAGGCUCCAGCCCCCCCUGCGACCCCCAACGGGAAUAAGCGAUAGAAAAUAGAUGAAUGAAAGUGAGUUUAGUCUGUCAGAAUUUUUAUUAGAAUCGUGUUCAGAAAAGAUCAUUUUAAUUUUGUUUUAUACAUCAAUUGUGGUAUCUAUGAGGUCAAAAACCUAGCAUAAAAGUCCACCAUUUUAACUUAGAGGACUCAUAAAGUCAUAAUAGUAGUUCUGGGGUAAAUUGAACUAGUGGCUCAACUGAGAGAGUUUCAGUUCAGAUUGUUGAAAUGUGUUACUUUUUCGUUUCAAAAGUGCAGCUGUGAAUGUUCUGAAUCACUUCAAGACAUUCUGACACUCAUUCUGUUGGUUUGCAGGGAUGCACAACAUCUUGAAAUAUAUGCAGAUACACUAGUUAGAGACAAAACUAUGAUUGCCUUGAUGUAGUGAUCUGAAAUAUGAAUAAUGGCUCAUCUUACCCCGCUCUCCCCUAUUUAUUUCUUUACCCAAAAAAAAAAAAAAUAAAACAAGUGUGUUUUUCUUCUUCUGUGCGAUUCAAAUCUUAGCAAACCAUAUUUUUUAAAUAUUCAUUUUUAACCCCCUAAUUAAUUGGACACCGUGACAUUGGGUCGUAUCUUGCUCAGGCUUGCCUAAUGGUCAUGUCAGCUUAGGUCACAGGCAUAAUUUACUGAACCACUCAUACUAACAUUAUGUGCACAGUUUGAAAAAUCGGCCUUAGACUAAUUGCAGCUGCGGGAAUUAGUGGCUUUGUUCGACUGCUCCAGUAGGAGACAUGGCAGUGAGACUUGGUCACAUCUUGCAUAAUGCUAUUAAGUAUAUUUCUCCAAGUUUGGGAUUUACCGCUAGGGGAUUAUGAUGUUGCCUCCCAGGCAUACAACUAAUGCCUGUUGCCAAUUUGUCUCCACCUGCUGGGAGAGGGACCCCCUGAUGAAAGCAUAUUGUCGUAGGACCUUUUUAUUUUUUUCACUGUGCCUCCCCAGCCCUCCGUCUCCUCCUCCUGCUCCUCCUCCUCCACCUAGCCCAGCAGACAAGCCAUUAUAGAGCAUAUCAGAAUUCUUAGAUGAAUGAGAAAAUAAUCGUUGGGAUCAGUGCCGGUGGCCCUGCAAGUUGUCAUUAUGCUAUAUAUAUGCUAAUGAGCAGCACUGAUGGAGGAGCCGGUGUUGGUAUGUGAAGGAGAAAUGGACAGCCACUAAAAUGAUAAGGCCUUGAAAUGAACCUGAACCUGAAUUUCUGCCUGGCCGCUGUUAUACCUCUGAUAGCCUCUGACAGCUCCAGAAUUAGGGUCGGCUAAGAACUGUGGAAAGUGCCACUUAGACAUGUCCUUCUCUAACUACUAUUGUGCUGUGCUCUGAAUUCUCCCCGCAGGUUUAUCUGAGAUUAGAGCUGAGACGCAGAGGCUUCUUUGUAGUUUCCUGUCGAAUUUUGUGACCUCAUAAGGUCGGGAUUUGAUGAAAGAAGUUUUAUUUCCUGGAAGAUUAUAUUAUUUCAGCUCUUACAUGUGAUAACCAUCGAGGCCAGUACAGUGCACUCCUUAAUCCACAGCAUCCAUCAUGUCUGAGCUUUUGAGCCUUUUCUGCUGUAUACCUCGGCUAGGCUGUUAUUAGAGGUGGGAGACUUCCAAAUGUCACUUGUACAUUUUCUGAAUUGUUUGUCUUUUCUCCAGGAGGCGAGUGGCGGAUAAAAUACAACCGAGCCAUUCGUGAAAUGGAUUUUACAAAAAAGAAACUCCAGCAGGACUUUGAUGACAAGCUGGAGACAGAGCAGCAGAGCAAAAGACAUCUGGAGAGAAGGGCAAGAAACUUUUUAGCACAGCAACAUGAUUGAACAAAACUGAGCGAUAUUUACAUUUUCUAUGUGUGGCCAAUUACUUGUGUAAAAGCCAUCAUCAUAACGUGCAAUGAGCUGCAUUAAAGAAUAAUAAAAAUGUGUGUUUUUUAAUAUAUGUGUGUGUGAUUACGACCGUGUGUGCGCUCUGCAGCUGGCUGAUUUACAGACAGAUAAUGAGGAUGUGCAGCGCUCUGUGCAGCAGCUGAAGAAGAAGUGCCAGAAACUGACGGCAGAGCUGCAGGACACCAAGCUGCACCUGGAGGGCCUGCACAGCCGCAACCAUGAUCUGGAGAAGAAGCAGAGGAAGUCAGUCUCUCUGUCUUUCUCUUUGUCUUUCUCUCUGUCUGCCCAUUUGCCUUCCUGCUUUUUCUUCUUUCCUAAGCGAAUACUCAUCACAGAGAACACUGUGCUCUUUUCUCCUCAGAGGGCCUGGCAUGCUCACUCUGACCUCUCCAGAAGAACGCUAACAUUUUCUUUAAUUUCAAUAGUGGCUGAGAUGUUCUGUAAUCUGUGGAAUUGCAUUAGCUGAGAAAUUGACUCAGACUUUAAGCACUUGAGAAGCUAUCGCUGUGGCAGAAUGUGAUCUCUCCCCUGUGGCUAAUUGAAGAUGCUCUGUGGGUGAAAUUAUUUUCAGCUGCGCUUCAGAGAGAAAAACAGGGAAAUACAGCGAGCUGACAGCAUGAAACACUUAGCUGUUAAGUUCACUAAGCAUAAGUGUUUCUGCCCGAGACAACUGAAGAAACAUUUGCACAUUAUUACAGCCCCAGUUGUAAAUUGAUGGCUAAUGGAAAGGGAUAAAAGUGGAGGCUAAACUGGAGGCAGUGCUGAACUGAUGAUGGGCUUUUUGUGGGGGAAUGAACUCAUAAACUCAAAAUCUGCAAAGUAACAGAAUUAAUGGCUACAUAUUAGGUACAAUUAAUCAGGAUUUAAGACUUUAUGUAACGUUGCAACAGAUGCAGCUCAUGUAGCCUUUAUGUAAUGAUCAACUCGUCUCAAUCUACAUUACUUGCUGUUAAACCCUGUGGAACCUCAGUCUUAUGUAAUCAAGUUUGUGAUUGUCCUGAGCUGUUUGUGUGUGUGCGUUUGUGUGUAACUCUGUCUGUUUGUGUGUUUUCAGAUUUGACCUGGAGCAGAAUCAGGCUCAGGCUGAGGUACAAAGAGAAAAGAGCCAGAGGGAGAAGCUGGCUCGAGAGAAAGACAUAAUGACCGGCGAGAUCUUUAACCUCCGCCAGCAGCUUCAGGUAAGCUUCUUUACUCUACUUACAUAACAAGUUCUCUAAAGUCCGCGCUCUGGGGACUGCAUUCGUACUCUCACUGCUCUUUCUUGACAUUACCGGGCUGGUCCAGAUGUGUGCGUUACUUUGUUUCUUUACGCCCGCAGGACAAGGAUAGUGAAUUGUGCACGGUGAACAUGAAGGUUCAGCAGUUGGAGGCAGAGCUUCAGGAUCUGUCAUCCCAGGAGUCCAAGGAUGAAGCCUCACUGGCUAGGAUCAAGAAGCAGGUCCGCGACCUGGAGGCCAAGGUGAAAGACCAAGAGGAAGAGCUGGACGAACAGGCUGGAACCAUCCAGAUGUUGGAACAGGUACAGAGCAGAUGGUGCUGAUGUGGUAAAUCACAGCCAUAUGGAGAAAUAUCAGAGAUUUUACUGCUUACGACUGUUACAAAUCAUGCUUAUCGAUGUUUUAAACCAUGAUUCGUCAUUAUCUAAGAUCUAAUUUUUAAAAAAAUCUUUCUUUUGAAAUACAAUUAUGGUAAAAAACAUAAUUCCCUGACUGUUAAGUGUUUGUGAUGGUCUGUAAAUGAAAACUAGCGACUCUUGCUCUUUAAAACUGUGCGGUUUUAAGUGUCUUAUCUUGGUCUAUAUUUAUAUGCAUUAUUUUAUAUGCCUGUUGUCUACAUAUGUUCAGGCUAAGCUGCGGCUUGAGAUGGAGAUGGAAAGGCAGCGGCAGACCCAUUCAAAAGAGAUUGAAAGCAAGGAUGAAGAAGUGGAGGAGAUUAGGCGGUCGUGCAGUAAGAAGGUAUGCGCCGCUUAUUCUUUUAGGUCCACGGAUAUUUUUUCCUACUUGAAACAUACAGGUAACUAGACAUGGAUAAGGCAGCAAUGAGACUCACGUGUAUUCUCAACUUUGUGUUGAAUUUAAGUGUACUUAUAGAACCUCAAGUAGCUCAACGUUUUACAAUCUCUCUCUUUUUUUUUUUUUUUACCUUAUUUAUUAAUAUUUUCCAUGUACAAAGCAUGUUGAAAUACAAUGAAGGUCAUGACAUAUACCCCCCUCUCCUCAUCCACACUCACCCUUGGGAGGAAAAUAAGAAAGUAAACAAAAAGUUAUAGAUAAGUAUAGUUAACCAAAACAUAUAUUCAGUGAUUGAAGAAGUAAGUAUUUAAAUUUAGAGCCAGAAAAUUAAGUGAACAGAUAAAGGAGAACUAUAAAUAAAAGAACUAUAUAAUACUUAGAUUAAAAAGUGAGAAAAUAAACUAGACAAAUAAUCAAAAAUAAAUAAAAAUAAACUUAAACUUACAUUCUUACUUGAUUAUUUCAAAUUGUGUUUGAUUUUUAAGGGUUUUACAUGUGGUUUGAAAAAUGUUGUACCCAUCAAAAAGAAGUAUUUUAUGCAGUUAAUUUAAUGACAGUAACAGUCAAAGUAUUUUAAUAGGUGAACUCAGUCUAAAGAGACGAUAAAGCCUUUAUUAAAGGGAUAAUUCAAAUUUUCAAUUAGGUUGCUUUAAGUGCACAUCUUUGUCACCGAUUACCUAUAUUGUGCAAUUUUGAAAUGUAUACACAUACCCAGACGUGGUGUGAUAAAGAAACAUAGCUCUUCAAGAAUACAGCUUCCUGACAGCGCAGUUGAGUGGUGAAAAUAUUUAAGAAUAUAAUAAUGUCAAAGUCAUGUUGCUGUUUUAUGAGAGACUUCAUGAAGGCAGCAAAAGUAUGCUUAACCACAGUCGUAACUGGAGUCAUAACACAGAGUUUGUUUAUGUCUGUAUAUACACGCAUCACUCUUGGUCCAUGACCUCCCAGAGUAGAGCCUGUUCAUCUAUUUCAAGUCCACAGGAGAUGGUACACUACAUGCUGGCUUAAGAGACUCCUAUUUUCUUGUGAUUUAAGUGCAGUUUUAGUUUACUGAAGUGACAACAUGAUAAUAAGGAUUUGUAAAAAAUAAAAACUCAAAUAUCGUUGGGUCUUCCCACAAGAGGAGUAGUAAGCAACAGUAACACUUUAUUUGACGCCUAUCUCUAUAACACAUUAUAGAUGUAUGUAUAAUGCAUUAUAAUCAUGUUAUAACACUGUAUCACUAUAGUUAUAAACACUUAUAAAUAAUUAUAAUAAUGAAUGUUAUUAUGAGUUACAAGGUCAGGUAUUAUAAUGUGUUAUAACUGUUAACAGCAGCUGCAUUGCAUUAUCUAUGUGGGCAUUGUCAGUGAGUUGUUAUCAGUUAUAACACUAAUAAUACCUGACCUUGUAAGUCAUGAUAAAAUGCUUUAUAAUGUGUUAUGAUUAUUGCUAUAAAGCAUUAUUAUCCUUUAUGAGUGUUUAUAACUAUAGUUAUACAGUGCUAUAGCGUGAUUAUAACACAUUAUAAAUAUAUAUAUAAUGCGUUAUAGAGAUAGGCGCAAAAUAAAAUGUUACAGAAACAACUUUAAAAAUGUUUGUUGACUGCAAUAAUUAAGGUCAGAUCGAUCAUUUCUCAUGCAUACCAGACAGGGACAUUUUAAGGCUUAUUGGUUUUUAAUGCAGUUCAGAGAAGAUUUGUGUUUUGAGUUAAAAUCUUUAUUUUAGAACAGCGAGCUGGAUACAGUUGUAAGAAGAUAUCCAUAUACAGAGACAAAUAACUCACUGUAAGAUUACCACGAAUGGAUGCCAGGCUGAUAUUUGGGCAGAGAGUGUUCUUCACAAUAAUUGUUUUUCCUGCAUACAGGAUUAGAUAAUGCUAUCUGGACUACAAACGUACUACAAAUCAGAACAUUUUCAUGCUGAAAAUCAGAAUCCCAAAGUGCAAAUUCUGCAUUUUUAUAUAGAAUGGGUAAAUAUAGAGAAAAGAAUCAAGGCUCCAUAUCCUCUGCAGAAACCAAGUAACUUUUGAGACGUACCAUGUGUGACCCCAUCCAUAAAAAUAUCUCUACAAGUGAAAGGUUAAAAAAAUUGGAGAGAACAUUUUAUUUUGAAAAUCAUGUUGAUGUGUCUCUGGGCCAGCAGAUCUGCUCUGGGGGAUCUGUGUGUCUGUGAUGUGUGAGAGCAGCAUGUCUAACAGGAUGGUCGAUGGUGUGUUGUGUCUGCCUUUGUUUAUCACCCAUCAUCUGUUUGUGCAUCCUGACACCCUGUUCUUGUGUCCUGCAGCUGAAACAGAUGGAGGUGCAGCUGGAGGAGGAGUAUGAAGACAAGCAGAAAGUGUUGCGUGAGAGGAGAGAGCUUGAGUCCAAACUGCUCAACGCCCAGGACCAGGUACAUCCAUCACUUUGCCUCUGGUCUCUGCCAGUGCAGUCACGAUAAGUAUGCCACUUCUUUUGAUUGAAAAGAAACUGUUUUUGAGUCUCAAGAGGUGCUGCUACGCUAGGGUUUUAAAAGAGGAUGGGGGGAAAAAAAAGAAAGAGAAUACUGGGUAGAGAGGUGUGCUUUUUUGUCAUUCAGGUGGGCCAGAGGGAUGUGGAGAUGGAGAAGAGACUGAAAAAAGACUUAAAGAGAACCAAAGUUCUUCUAGCUGAUGCACAGAUUAUGCUGGACCACCUGAAGAGCAACGCCCCGAGCAAGAGGGAGAUCGCUCAGCUCAAAAAUCAAGUAUGCAAAAAGAUGAUUCACACAUAGAGAAACCAUCCAUACACCUUCUGAGUAUAAAAAAAAGUUGAUAAAUCUUUACUCCUCUGCUAAACCAUGAUAUGUUCUUGAUCUUGGUCUGUUCGUAUUUGUCCCUCACCUCCUCUCUGGUUACUUUCCCCUCCUCCUGUUUUUCACAGCUGGAGGAGUCAGAGUUUACCAGUGCUGCGGCUGUCAAGGCUCGAAAGAGCAUGGAGCUUGAAAUAGAGGACCUCCACAUCCAAAUGGAGGACGUGGCCAAAGCCAAGAUAUCGGUGAGUUUUGACAUCUGCUAGCUAGGAGUCCAGAGGGUGUGGUGUGCAAGUGUAAAGGGGAACUGCGAUAAGUCCUGCAUAUGUUAGUAACAUAAUACAUUUUUUAUGGUUUCUUCCUUAUCUGAGGCACACAUUUAUGCAAAUUUCACUGCAGAAUCUGAUUUUUUUUUUUUACAUAAAAGAAAAUGCAAAUAUUUACUUUCCUUCUUUUUACAAACGCUGUUUAACUAUUGGAGAGUUUUUGCCGAUCAAAUUAGCGCUCUAUGAAAUGCAGCAGGCCUUUAGCAUUAAUAUGCACGCAUCAUCAAGCCGUAUUCAAAUGAUAAAUGCCCUUUGGCACAUAUCUGAUUUUAGUAUUUUGCUCUAAUGGAUAAAUAAGCUUUGUCGAAUGUUUUUUUCCUCUUUCCCUCUGCUCAUUAAUGGCUGUCUCAUGAGAGUGCCGCCUGCAUUUCAGACUCGACGCUGAGGAUGUUUGCGUCUCUGGGGAAUCCACACAGAGUGCAGUGUGUGCCUGUGCUUUGCUUGUUAAUUGCUGCAUUUAUGGCAAGGGGAGGUCUUGUAAAUGUCUCAGAUUAUAAAAAAAAAAAUGUAUCAGGGGCCUGAGUCUUCAUCCUUUGAACAUAAAGGAUGAACUCUAAAUAGGACGUCACCAGUAUGCGAAACUGGCUGCACUUUUCCCCGCCUAAAUCAGCCAAUUGAUUAUCUCCAAUUGGUCUCAUCCUGCAGCCAGGACCCCGUCCAGAUUGUGUUUCAUCGCCAUUAGAUGAGAUUCCAGGGCUGCCACAGCUUUGCCAGCUAAUGACCAUUUAUCAUAUUCAAUAGCUCAUGAAUAAAACCCUGUCACUCUUUGCUAAAGUGUGUCCUUCUCGCUGUGUGCCUUAGCUGGAAGAACAGGUCAGCCGUCUGCAGAGAGAGAAGAAUGACCUGCAGUCUCGUAUGGAGGAGGAUCAGGAGGACUUGAAUGAGCUGAUGAAGAAGCAUAAAGCUGCGGUUGCCCAGGUAACUUAACCCCCUUUACACCUCACUGAGUCGAUAGUUAACAGACACAAUAGAGGGAGUGAAACAGACUACGACACAGGCCAUGAAAUACUUUACAAAUACCAUUUCACUAUGUUUAAAAAUUAAAAACAUUUCAGAGCACCAUCUUUGAUAAUGAUGGUAGCAUUUUGUCGCUCUUUUCAUGUUCAAGUAGAGUGGCUUUGAGUUUUGGAGGACAUAUUCCCCUCUAAACGCAGUGUGUGCUCUGCAAUCAGGGAGAUGCAAUCUGUUCACAUGACCAAUUAUUUGGCAAGGACAUAUUAUGUUCACUAACCGUUUCCAUUAGAGAGGAUGUCAUUUAGAGGAAGAGAAAGCAUACAUCAAUAGUUACACUUUGUCUUCCUCUCAUAAACCUGUGAAUGUACUCUAAUUCUCUGAUUCUUUUACUUUCUGCAAUCGUGUGUGUGUGUCUGUGUGUGUGUGAAAAGUCUGCCAGGGACUUGAGCCAGAUCAGUGACCUGCAGGCCCAGCUGGAAGAGGCUACAAAAGAGAAGCAGGAGAUCCAAGAAAAGGUAAAAAGAAGUGUUCAGAAGCACUCAAAGUGCCUGCAAUAAAACCCGCCUGCUGCCUCGACGCUUUUCUCUGAUUAGACUUCGGCUUCUCACACAGUUUCUGAUUAUUCUGACCCAAAAAAAAAAUUUAGUUUCUUACCCUUUUUUUGAUGCAAUUUGCAUUUAAAUAGUUGGAAAUCAGUGCAGAUUUACAGUGAAGGGGGGAAAUUGUUCCUUUGCCACUCAGUACUUACAUUACAAAGGGAGGGUCAUGUUCAUAAACUGGGCUACUUGUUUCCAUGUUUGAACCUAUUAGAUCAGACUCAAAGGGCUCAUUUUGUCCCUUUUAGUCAUUAUUUAUCAAACUGCUCCUGUUUAAAGGAUUUAUCACAAUUGAGGUUUUGUCCAUCAUUUUUUUUUUUGUGCCGAUGGUUUUAUCUGCAAUAUCAGAGCAUUUUCAGUACAGGGUAGAUACUGGAAGUGAGUGUGAAAUCACUCUCGGCUGAUGCUGUCAGUUUGUCAGAUAGCGUUACUGAUGCGAUGUGAUAAUUGGGCAAAAUAAGAAAACUCAUUAUGGUACGCUGGCCAUUUAAUGCUUGGUUUACAGGAUUAUUCCAAUCAAUUUAAACAAACCAUGAAGGUGCAGCACCAUAAAUAAAAGGAGGGACUCAAUUAAUUAAUAAAAACAGAUAAUCAAAAAUAUGAACAGUCCUAGAAACUCAGGACUGAUUCUGUGCAGAACACUGUUUUUACAUGCAGAGUUUGCAGCUUUCUUCCCUGCAUGGCCUGAGUUUAUAGCCAUCCCUACAUUCUGCUGAUAUGUAUAAAAAGUCCCAGACAGAGUGAAAACUGGUUAUAGCUCCAGUGUUUAAAAAAUCUGGUAAUGCACCUUUUCUAAAGGGUUUUGAGGAAAAGAAAAAUGUCUGUAGCUACAUUCUGUUAAUAUGUAUUAACAGCCACAAACAAUGAGAGCACUUAUUCAUGAGUGUUUCAGUGUGAAAAGAACCAGUACAGUGUAUGCAUGUGCAGGAUUACUGGGUUUAACACCAAUGCAUGGACACUUAAUCCUUUAACUAGUUGUUUUGCAACCUGCAUUAAGGAAAGUUUAAGAUUUCAUGAAUAGUAGUGUUUGAUGAAUUUUGAUAAUUUGAUAAUUGUUUCAUGAAUUUUUUGCUGCCUUAAAGUCCCACUACGAUAAUUUUUUCUUUUCUACUUAAAGUGUUAUCAGUGGUCUUUUAAUUGUGAUUAUGAAGUUGUUUUUUUUUACCAAAAAUCGCAUUACCUGGGUCAUUUUCAAAGGCUUUUCUUCUGCAGAGCUCCAGUAGCUUGUUAUUAGGGCUGGGACAAUAAUAAGCUACCAUUGAAAUGCUUUUCUCCAAAUUCGAUUCUUCUAUGAUUUUUUGAUGCCAAUUCGAUUUAAAUUGCGAUUCUACGAUAUUAAUGGGUUUCUCGAUCUCUAGUCUGCAUUUUUAACACCAGUGAAACAAUUGAAUGAUUAUGAAUGUCUACUGGCUAUUUCAUAUUACCCCAAAAAAUACACAUCCCAAGUAAGUCAAUUUUUAAUGUUUAUUCUUAAGUUAGAAAAAAAAAUCAAUUUUUGAACAUGAAAAUAGAUUAAACAAUUGUAAACCUAAAAAAAUCACGAUACUUAUGUGAAUUGAUUUUUCUCCCACCCCUACUUAUCAGCAAUUCACCUCUGAGUCGUAAGCCGAGGCAGCGCUUCUCUGCACAUUUCUCAUCAUGCUAGCUUGCAGCCUAAUAUUUCCAGUGUAAUAGAAGCAGCAGGUAACAGGAAGUAUUCAGCUCUCGGACACUAAUGUUUUUAGGGACAUGAUGAAAGCUAAUAUUAUAAUUAGCUUUCUUACUUAGCAUAGCAAUCCGCUAACACACAUGCUUGUUUCGCGAUUGUUCUCUCGUUUUUUUCGAGUGUGGCCUGCAUAGCGGGGCUCCAGGGGCGGAGCUUGGAUUUCUUACAUAGAAAAUCUCACUCAAUCUGAGCCUGCUGUUUGGGUCUGCCAGAGAUUCACAAAGAUUUGAAUACAGAAAUACUCAGAAAUGCAAUUUUGCACUUAGUUUUCUCAUGAUAUGUGCUGUAGCAUCAGAAAAAAUGCCAUACAUGUAGACAACAAGAAAAACAUGAUUUUCAUCAGAGUGGGUCUUUAAAGACUUGCUCUAAAAUGUAGGUGUGCAGCUGCAUGUUGCCGUCAUCCGUGUGAGAAUGCUAUAAAGUUAGUUACUCAAUGAUAAAUCUGACCUUACAGCUAACAUCCUGUCAGUCUUUUAUUUGACUGGUUUGGUUUCCAUAAUCAUGGAGCUACAGUAUUUCCAUCUGUUUACUUUGCCUCAGUUUUCAGUCAAAUGAUUGUGGGUUGGCAUAAAUGUGGAUUUGUGUGAAAAAAGGUUAAUGCACCUGAUUUAGGCUUGUGUUGAUAAUAAGUGCUUUCAUAAUAAUAGUGUUUUCGUAUAACCUUUACCAUGUCAUGUGUGUCGUGCGUUAAUGCAUCCCCUUUUUGCUCGGUUGAUGUGUUUAUUUGCAAAACGAAUCGCCUCUGGGCUGUUAAAGCUGAAUAUCUUUGGUAUAUGACAUUUUUUCACUGAGGGUUUGUGUGCACGUUACACACGCACACGCCUUACUUUAAGCGUUGAUAUGCAGUCGACUAAACAAAUAAAACCGUCUGCCUUGAGCAGAAUGUCUUUCAAAUAUAAUUACACUAAAGGACAGAAUUGAGCUCUUGCCACCCUCUAACAGCAGACCCUGUCUCUAUUAGAUUAAGCUAUAGAUGCGUGCCAAAUCUCUGCUCCACUCAGUUAUAUUCAAGGCCCACCCAUCAGAAUAUUUUUGGCUUCGCUAGAGACACUCUGCAGGCUGUGAGGCAUUGUUAAAACCUGCCAGAGAAGGCGGUGAUAGCCAUCUAAAGCAUCUGACCUUGAAGUGGUUAUCUCAUCCCCAGUAGGAGGGAAAUCUGGCUUCUUUAGUAAUAUCAAAGGAGAACUCCAAAUCCUCCUUGUCUCAGAAGCAAAGUCCCUCAUUAGGUGCCAUACCACCCUUUGGGCUGGUUUUUGUUGUGACGUAUCUUUCUUCCUUUUAUCAGUCACGAGAAAAUGAUUCGGAUGGAACAAACGUGCUUUGCAUGAAGCCGGAGUCUCUCUAAAAGCCUUUGAAAUUACUGUGACUCUGUGUCAGUAAGCCUGAACCACAAGCCCAUCUUUUGACCAUUUAAAGAGGCUGAUAAAGAGCUUAUAAUUCAGACCGGAUACUCAAUAUUCACAAGUACCAAGAUGGAUUAAAUGUGAACAAAAAGAAUAAAAAAAGAUCAUUAAUUUAGUUUUAAUACAAAAAUAUAAUGCCAGCACUCUCUCUAAAGUAUCAUAGUCUUUGUGUAAGAAACGGUGAGAAAAGCAGAGGUCAAGAAAGAGGUUUGCAGCAUGAGAGGUCAUCCUCGGGGGAGUAAUUGCGUGUUUAUGCAUUUGUGCAUGUGUGUCCUUCCUACAGGUCCAUUCCCUUCAGAGCCAGCUUGAGUUCCAGGAACAGUCUAUGGUGGAAAAGUCCCUCGUGUGCCGUCAAGAGGCCAAGAUCCGUGAGCUAGAGACCAAGCUGGAGUAUGAGAGAACGCAGAUCAAACGACUGGAGGUGAGAUAAACCCUGGGGCCUAUUCUACGAAGCAGGAUUACUGCUUAGCGAGGUAACUUCGAGGGUAAGUUCGGGGUUUCCUGUUCUACGCGGGUUCACUUCUUAGCGAGGCAAUGAAUUCAUCUUGGAAAUGAAUUAGACAUGUCUGGUGCACGUUAAAAGCGCAUGUUAAACAGUGCUAUUUCAGGGUGAUAAUGGCAUCAAAGAUUUUUUGGGCACUAUACUUACGCAUUGAGACUGUCUGCAAUUUUCUGCCAGCAUUCCGUCCGUGCUUUUGCAGCGGCGACGGUGUCGCUUUUGAGGUUUAUGAUAGAUUUGAAUUCUUCAUACUUUCUCAUGAUCGUCUCCUGCUCCUCGUUUGUAAAGUAUGCGGUCCUUCACUCUCCGGCCUGCUCUGACGCUCCAGACUGGUCCAUGUUCGCGAUUGGUCAGAUGCGGUGAGCUCCGCCUUACAUGCGUUUAGCGAGACCGCUAGCUACCGUGCUAAGUUGAGCGAGGUAGCUCCAAGGCUACUGCGCUAGGUCGAACUUGCUUCGUAGAAUAGGCCCCUGGUGUGUGGUAAACCUUUGAUAAACAUGUUUUGUAUAUCUGCGAUUGCAGAUUUGACAUUUAAAUUCAUAUUUAUCAAGAGGUAGAGGAGAUAUACAUCAAAUUUAUAAUUUCCUUGCAAAGUUUGACAGCUGUGAGAGUCUGUUAAAUUAUCCCCCAGAAAACAAAAAACUGUAUUCACAACAAAGAAAAUAACCAAGUAUGUAUUGUUUUUCAGCCUUAAAAAUUCUGUCAGCUAUUUCCAUCAAAGACAGUCAUUUUUUAUUUUAAUCAUGCAACUUCAAAGUGUGUUUACAAGGGCUAUCACAAUAUACCGCUUGAUGGUAACUGUUUUUUAAAUGGUCAAAUAUGGAUAUCAUGCCAUAAAUUAGCAAACGGUAAUGCCGUGAGUUGUUAGGUGACGUCCUUUAUGCUGGUUGUCACAUGCCGUUAUCUAAGAGGAUUAUUGGGGGCUUUUAAAAACUCAAGUUCCAGGUAUUUUGUAAAUCUAAAUACAACAUCAGAAAACCCAUUCGUGGAACAUUUAUACUUUUUUAUUAAGACCCAACGUCAGGGUCUUAAUAGGUCUGUACACCAGAAUUAUGCUAUAGCACUACAAUGAAGUAUUACCUCCGUGCACAGUGGUACUUUCACAUUUAAUCCUGAAAUGCUGAAUCUCCAUGUGACAAGACAAUCUGAUCUGAUCUGACUGUACCCUUGAUGGCUACUAAUCACUUCAACUAAGAUCCAUUACAAUAAAGAACAAUCUGAGAUUCAUGUAGACAUGAUCCAGUUUGGUGUGGAUCAAUGUAAAUUGAAAAACUGAAUCCCAAGUAAGUUUUUGCUCAAUAUUACUGAGUGAAAAAUGUUUCAUUCAAAACGACAUCCUCAGCAUUAUUACUUUUUUUGUAAUGGUACGAAGUUAAAAAAAAAAAGGGGGAAAGGACCCAAAAUGCAGAACAAAAAAAUGAUUUAUUUAAAUAGAAAGAAAAAGACAAAAAGGAACAAAAAGAGAAAAAUACACAAAAAUCAUUGGGGCAAAAUCACAGGGAACAACUGGGGACACUGGCAUACAGACACACUGACAAACAGACAAUGAACCAACCAGGAAGGAGGGUAAGAUGGGGACUAUAUACACACUGGUAAACGAGCAACAGGUGAGGCAAACGAGACACAGGUGAAACUCGUGGGUGAUUAACGAAGGAGGGAAAACUAGGGGAGUAAAGCCAGACUAGAAACACAAGGAAUCAACUACUACAAAAUAAAACAGAAAACACUGAAAACUGAUAUAAUGAAUAAAACACAGAGAACAGGAGGGAAACAGGGUCAAACACAAACUGAAAACAGGAAUAAUAGUGAAAACGCAAGGGAAAAUAGACACAAUGGGCUCAAAUGAACAGAAGAUAUCAUGACACUUUAACAACAGACAAAAGACUAAAUCAUCAUGACUAGAUCAUAAUGCAAAACCUUCAGUCUUUAUCUCACCUAUAUCUCAUCGAUACCUGAUGUCUCAUUAUGACAGUUUUUUUUUUUUUUUUUUUUUUUUUUUCCAAGAAAUCUGUAAAUCUGUUUUAACCAACACAGACUAUUUGACUCCUCAGUAUAUUUUUAUCUUUAUGGACUUUUUUAAAAAUCUCAGCAAACACUUAAAUCAAAGUUCAACUAUAAAAGCAUCUUCAACUCUCCACAGAGUCUCGUGGGUCGUCUAAAGGAGAACCUGGAGAAGAUGACGGAGGAGAGAAACCAACGCAUCGCAGCAGAAAACAGAGAGAAGGAGCAGAACAAGCGAAUACAGCGACAGAUAAGAGACAUGAAAGAAGAAAUGACGGAGCUGUCCAAGAAGGAGUCCGAGGCCAGCAGGAAGAAGCAUGAACUGGUAAGUCAUGAGCUGCUGCUGCGAGGCUUCAUAAGAUUCAGUGGAGCUCACGUUAGAGGAGGUAACUGUGCUUCUCCUUCUUCUUCUACUCUGCUGUGAUCUGCCCAACAGGAAAUGGACAUUGAGAGCUUAGAGGCAGCAAAUCAGAGCUUACAAGUUGACCUCAAGCUGGCCUUUAAGAGGAUAGGUGACCUGCAGGCGGCCAUAGAGGACGAAAUGGAAAGUGAUGACAAUGACGACUUAAUCAACAGGUAGAGUACAGCUAUUUACGUUCUCUUUAGUGUAACGAAAGCUCUAAUCCUGAGUACCAAGACAAGUUAUCAUUACAGACUAAAUCUGAGUCUUCUUUUAAAGUAACUCCCACUUUUUUAAAUACAGCUAAAGUUCAGUAAUUCUGAGUUCAUUCUGUUUUUUUGUUUGUUUUUACUUUGUGCGUGGGAAGGUGUUAACUUUAUUUGGCUUUUUGUUCUAUUCUCUGGAUUUUAAACUCACAAUGUUUUAUACCAAGCUUUUUAUAAAUGUGUUUUUCAAAGGUGCCAUCCGGAUAGAUUUUAGUAUUUUAUAUUUGAUAUCAUGAGCUUUCAGAAAGAUACUGAAGCAUUUUUAUUUUCUAUGUCCUGUAUUUUUCUACAUCAAUAUCUCUUCUAGUAUGAUAUUUAUCCGUCAGUCAAUCACUCGAGAAUAGCGAAUGGCUUUGACUUAAUGGGUCAAGAAAGGAAAGAGUCAUAUAAAGUAAGAGGAACAAACAAAGCAGCUACAACAGAUAGCUAGAUAAACUUAUGAUGAGAGUAAAAGUGUGUGUAACAUAAUUGAUAGCUUUAUUUACAGUAUGACUGAUAAUAAUAGUUGAAGUUUAAACAGGUCCAACAGGAAAGAUCAACAUUUAUAACUUAUAUAAUGAUAACAGAGAAGCUUCAGGGCAGAUUGAACCUUAAGAGUGAAAGUCUUUGGCCCGGUCUUAAAAGUGUGGGGGGGUGUCUGCCUCCUGAACCCAAACUUGAUGAAUCCAAAGUAAAGGGGCCAGAUAAUUAAAAGCUCUAUCUACCAUCUUUCGUACUCUGUGAGUCAUUUUGCACCUAGUUUCUUAUCCAAAUACUCCUGCUAUGAUUUAAUUUCUGAAAGCUCACUGCGUCUGAUCUUCAGUCAGGGCACCGUUUUCUUCUGUUUGGUUAUCCCUCUCUCUUUGCAGAAGGUUUGAGGGUUAUGCUAGCACCAGGUCCACUGAGGUAAACAAAGCCUUCGAUAAAGCAAACCUUUAAAAAAAAGUGACCUCACACACACUGGGUCCGUUUGGCAAUGAGACUUGCCGUAGCGCAAGUUGAUUUAUCGAGUAUGUUCCUUAUAAUAGACAAUAGUUAAAUUAUGAGUGUGUCGGUGUAAAGCUUUCUAUUUACUGUUAUCCUGUUUUGCACCAGUUUUUUGUGUUUCUCACCUCCUCUGUUUCUCUUUUUUUCCUUGUUCCCCUUUUGGUGUCCACACUCCUGGCAGUUUACAAGACACGGUGACAAAAUAUCAGAAACGAAAGAACAAAACGUGAGAAUGAAAACAAAAAUGCAUCCUUUGUUUUUGUCAUAAUGGUCGUUGCUACGUUUUUUUGUUCCCUGUUUUAGCCAUAGGAGAGAAUAAUGCAGUAUCCCUUAUCCUGCAGUUUGUGUUUUUCACAACAACACUGUGAGGAGAAGUCAUUUUAAACAGAAUGGAAAGCUGUGUCUGGUAUACAUCACUGAUAAAAGCUUUGCUGAAAGGAUGGACCAGUAUUGCAUUUGGUUUCAUUAUAUUUUGUGCCAAGUGUCUGGAGGUCUGUUCACAGCCAGUCUGUGUGGACAUUUCAGGCUUGUUUUUCUGCUUUCAGAGUAAUAAAAAAAAAAACUGUUGGCACAAAGUAUAAUUCACUGACUGUUAGAAGAAAUGUUAGCUAUGAUACCGAACUCACUGGGAAUCUAAAUGACCCAUUAUCUUCCAAGCGGUCAUGACUGCUUUAGAAGAUGUGACCAAAAUAAAACCAGGAUUAAUCCUGUGGUUAUACUGCAUCAUUGUCUCCAUAAACUUUAAUACUUUUAACAACAUAUAUGUAUGUCUUUUAUCUGCUUUGUCUUUUAACACCUUCACAAUGCAUUUCUAUGGAUCUUAAAUCAACGCUUUUUGCACUGAAGGCUGCUGACAUUUUCCUUCUACUUUUUUUUGAGACUCCUUCAAUCCACAUGCAGGAAGUCCAACUCUCACUGAGUUUGUAUUAUAUGGUUACAACAGAUUUUUGUCAUUAUAUGAUGCAUAAAAAACAUAAUAGCAGGUACAUUUGUAUUUUAUGUGUUAAUUUCUUGACAGUUUUAGAUUAAUUCCAGCAGAUAAUUAAGGUUUUGCAUCAUUACAAUUGAUAGUGAUAGGAAAGGAAAAAGUCACAUCAGAGACAAGGAAAGAAAAAUAUAGUAUGUACAGUAAGGGCUGGAUAAUAAACCAAAAAUUUACCAAUACUAAAAUAAACGACAACAACCGAUGUCAUUUUGUCCACGUCAAUAUAUUCAGAGUAGGGCUUCACAAUAUAUCGUUUCAGCAUCGUCAUCGCAAUGUAUUUGUGCGCGAUAGUCACAUUGCAGAGCCUGCGAUGUCGGAGGUGAAUGAACUCAUCUAAUUUCAAGGGUAGCUGACUGAGAUACACUGUAUGUGACUCAGCAUGUGCUGUGCAGCGAUCCACCAAUCACAGUUGUCUUUUACUCAGUUGCCAAUCAGACUAUCCUGCCAGCUGUCAAUCAAAAUCAGAGAGGAAAAAACACGCCCCUACACAUGGAGUGAGUCACUGGCACUGCCGUUGUUGUGCCGAAACGCGUAUGCAGAGAAUUACUCUCGGAGCAUUACUCAUCACUGUUUAGCCCCACAAAUAAGAAUUGUAUGGGUUUUAUAUUGUACAUUUCCGUGGACCACUCUACUAUAAACAGUGCACGUUUUUGCGAGGUGCAUGCCAUUCUUGGCUGACAUGCAUUUCUCGGCACAACACCGCUAACAACAACAACAAUUGCAAAAUGAGCAACAAACGAGAGAAAACCACCGAAAAUUAAGACUUGUUGCCAAAAGGAAAAGGAAAGUCAGUUAUCUGUCAUCUAUUGCCACAAUAACGUCCCAGCACAAUAAAAGCUAAAAAUAUCUCUAAGACAGACAGAAGCCAUUCUACUUACAUUCACAAAAUGAGGUAAGAUCAGAGCAGGUUAACUGUCCAGAAGAUUUCAGCAGUGCAGCAUAGCAGAAAAUGCCAUUCAGGUCAUCUGGUGAAAAUUCCUGAAUUUUUAAUAUCGCAAUAUAUAUCGCAGGGUUGAAAAACAUUGCAAUAUUAGUUUUUUUCAAUAUAGUGCAGCCUUAAUUUGGAGUCAAAAAAAUAAAUAAAAGUUGGUUUUGGAUGUGUGUAGGUAGGCUAUGGUCCCAUGUUCCUUUAAGACGCUGUCCUACGUCAGAGACGUGACUCCACCCCAUACAGUUGGUAACAGAGAAGGACAGACAGGUGAGGAGAUGGAGGACGGUUCAAAAGUUGUAGCGGCUGGAGCGGCAGCUGAAGUAGACAAAGUUAAUGUGGGAGAGGGUGAGCAGCUUGUGGAGUAGUUAUCAUCUGUUGAUGGUUAUCAAGGCGAACUGCUCAAUAUAUGGUGUUAUUGAUUCAAGGCCAUAUCGCCCAGCCCUAUUUACAGUACAUUCCCAGAGAGAUGGAGUCAAUAGAGGAUCUGUUUUGUAACCACAGUGCAAACUCAGUAUGUUAGGGCCACUCUACAUGUGCUUUGGAGGACCUAAUGGUUGUGAUGAUUGUGUAACGAUUGCAGCACAGGAACUUUGUAAGUGGUUGCAAAGUCUGUGAGCCGCUUUGUUUGCUAAGUGCAUUGCUGAAAUGCUCAGACAUUUCAAUGGCUGCUUGCCUCGCAUGAAAGUAUGACACUAACCCAAUAUUAUUCCACAGUGUUAUGUAACAUUUGGCUUAAAUAGGAAAGAUCACCUUGUCCUUCAUUUGAGAUGGGUUUUCAUUGAUCAUGUCUGCUAAACGACUAACUCUAUUCCAUUACUCUUUGGUCAUAAUGCAGCCUUUUUUUGCCUUGCUAGAUAAUUUGAAGUUUCAUAAGAGCUCAUUAAAGAAAUGUGGUCCUCAUCUGUGAUUUCAAGUUCAACCUCUGAUUGCUGUUUCAAAGAGACAUGUCGUCACAUUCUUUUAAUCGCUUUUCUUUUUUGUUAUCCAAUGUCUCAUCAGACAGACUGUGUGUGUAUCAAUGCUCUGCUUUUCAUUCUGUGCAGCUCCACAAAAAGAACAAUGAUUUUUCAUGUUUACUUAAUUGCAUUUUCCCCUCCUUUGACAUCAUUGCAUUAGCAGCUGAGUGCACAUUAAUGGAGGAGGUGAUUCUUCUUGUAAUUAUGAAGUUGAUUUUCCAGUUGAUUUACAUUAUUAUUCAAUCGUUUUGUACUUCAGUGCUACAAAACAGAGCCGACAAUAGCUACAGUGUUACUAUAAUACUGGAGGAUUGACAGGUUAAAUAAUACUGGGUUUUCAUGCUGGGUUUUUGUAUACAUGUGUAAAAUAAGGCUUUUAUGUAGAGCAGUAUGUCAGUAAUUUCCUCAGUAUGGACUGACAUGAAAAGCAGCUUUUUCCACCUAUAGCUCAAUGUACUGAUUACUCUGAUUCAAACAAGUAUUACACCACAGAGUGUGAAGUGUUCACUGUUUUGUAUUAUCAUAAACGAAUGCCCUGUGCUCUUUAUGCCAGUAGUUAAUUAGCUCAUGUUGAACAGAUACAAAAAAAAUAUGGUGCUGAACCUACAAGUGUUAAACUGAUAAAACCCAGCCAUAAGAGAUGUGAUGCUGAGUGAAACUAUUUGUGACAAAGAUUUACAACCAGUGCAGGCAAAUUGUCAGAAGCUAUUAAUGUUAGCUUCUAAAUUCUCGGGGCUUGUUGGUAUCUGCGAGCCUCAGGACUGGUUAGCUGGUAGUGCAGGGCCAAGGACAAAUCGUUUGUGACACCAUUUGCACAGCACUCAAUUGCAAGCCACCUUCUAUUUCACAUGUGUGAGUGUGUUAGGGGAGAUAAUUUGGCUGAGGGCUGGUUUCAGUAAUUUGUUGUGUAAUAUAUCAUGUUAAAGAGUCAAAGCAUCAUAGAGAUGACAAAUGGGCAGCAUGUGUAAUCUACUUCCAACAGGUUAAUGAACCGUACUACUCUUUUACAGUGGGCUUUUGUUAGUUUGUGGUAAGCUUGGGCUGUGGGAAAUAGAAGUACGGUGUAUUAUAGCAGAACUUAGACUCACACAAAUUUAGCAUGAUGCCUCAUGAAGCAGCUCUCAAACAGGGUUUUCCUGUGGAAAAUAAUAUAAUCAGGCCAUUUAGUCUCUCCGGGAUCAUCAUUAUGUUUCACCCAGAAAGCCUGGCUGAAGGGUUGAUGAUGAGAAGGUUAAAUAUGUUAAUGCACACAGAAAGCUUGAGAGCCUGAAUAUCCAAGAAUCUUAGAGUUUUUUUUUUUUUUUUUUUGGUCUGUGCUCACUCCCUCCCUCGCAACACUCACACACCCACCACCACCUUUUUGUGUUAAAACAAUAGUUUUUAGACACCUCACCAAAAAGACAGGAAAAGGGACACUUUGUUCUCUGGAAAAAACAUAAUGGAAAGUGUGACACAAAGCUUGAUGACAAAGGAAACAUUGUGCUGCUCACUUGGACACCUACAAAGAUGGAUGCGUGCGAUGUGGACAAAUGACAGUGCUCAGCAGUCUUGCUGUCAUCUCACACCUCUUUGAAUACAGUGUUUGGUCUUUUAAGCAUUUUUAUAACAUUUUGCAUCAUGUUUCGAGGAUAAAAAUAGAUAAGCUUGUCCAGAAACAAGAUCUAUUACCGGCAUUGCUGCUUCUCAUUUGUUAAGUCAGUCAGUUGUCUGUGGACAUGGCAUGCAACAUAUUGAUAAUUCAGUGAUAAACAAGGCAAGGCAAAUAUGUAAGAUUGAUGCAAGUCAAAAGUUGGCUGUAGAUAGGACUAUAAAUAAUAAUGUAGAUGAAGUCUGUCAUAAAUCAAGAGGAACUGAAAAUUGCUGCUCUUCUGCUGCAACCCUGACACCGCUGUCUGCUACAGUGUGUUUAAUAUACAGUGCAUUGUCCUGCUCUGACACCCAAAACAAUAGCUUAGAAAACACAAUUUUCUCUGCCAGACUUUACCAUGGCAACGCAAGUCAAAUGUAGUUUAGGCUUUCAAAACAUAUGCAUUGAAAUGUAAUUUUAAAGCUGUCUCUGAGACAUGUAAAAUUGUGGAAAACAUAGAAAAGGGAAAUUUCAGCCUAACUCAGUCUUGUUUGUAAAACACCUUUCAUAUAAACAUGCAGCACAAAGCACCUCUCCUGUGAAACAUUAAAACAGAUGGAAUAGAAGAACAACAACAGUGACAAGGUUGCUUUGGCUGCAAGACAACUCGAUCUCUACCCCAAUGACAGCCAGGAUUGGCUCCAGCCUCCUACAACUACAAAUGGGAUAAACAGAGGGUUGAAAAUUGAUGACAGAAAGGUGAUUGAAAUCAGCAAAUAAAAUAAGUUAAAAUCUAAAAAGGAAAAAAAAAAACACAUUAAAAAUUAAAAAUGAAAGGAUAUGAUACCAUACAAUAAGAUGCGAUUUGAUACAACAAGAUACAGUAUAUGAUAUGAUACAAUAUGAUAUGGUAUAGUACAACAGCAUAUGUUACAAUGUGUUAUGCUGAGAUAUAUACGCUGCAAUUCGAUUUGAUAGGAUAUGACAGGAUGUGAUCGAUGAAAUGUGAUAUCACACAAUACAAUACUAAGCAUUUGUGUGGAAUGAUGUUUAUCGUGUCUUCAGUUUCUUAGAAAUCGUUUUCUUUUUCCCUUUAUCUCAGACAUGUAAUCUUUUUCAUGUACCUUGACAUGUUUCAGCAGAAACUUCUGCCUUCCUCAGAAGUGUCACUUGGCGGCAGGUGUGACAGGACACGUCAUAUCAGCUGGUGUUAUUGAGGCGUGACUGUCCUGUCAAUUCUUUUUUUUUUUUGGUUUGACGUGGGUACUUUGCAGAUCACAUGUCUGAGAUAAAGGAAAAAGAAAAUUAUUUCUAAUAUUUAGUAUUUCUUAAAGGGACUCUGUUUUGUCAAGUCAAGGGCUGCACAUCAGUGAUGAUAAUCACUCAGAUUCAGGCUAAUAAAGUCAAAUAAAAAUUUAGCACAUAGGAUUAAAUCAGUGUUUCCUUUCAAAAUUAAGGUGAGAAUUGGAGUUACUCUCGUAAAGCACCGCACAAACACAAAUGAACCAUGAUGGUUGGACCGACUUAGAGGCGACACCACCUUUUAUUGUUUUCCCUCAUCAUUUUUCCUUCAUGUCUACCCUCAGGACAAUCCUAUGCAUAAUUCAGCAUGCAGUUGACAUGAAUGAAGAUUGACCUCAUUCAGGUGGCAUCCACCAAGCUUUUUUUUUUUCAUGGAGAUCCACAGGUCUCUGUAUAUUGAUUGUUAUGUCAAGCGUAGGGCCACGGGGAUGUCUCAUGGCCUCACUCCAAUAACAAUCAGCAGGAGCAGGUGACAUGCCACACAGAUGCUAGUGGCCUGGAACCAGCCAAACAAGUUCAUUACAGCCCCAACAGCUUCAUCUACGUUGUGCCUGGAGAAUGCAUUCACUCAUUUAUGUCUGCUCCUCAUGCUGUCUGAUCAACAUAAAUGUGUUUAAAUUAUUGCAUGGCGUAAACAUGCCUGUUUGUGUGCUGAGGUUACAUUUUAUUACUCACCCCUAUGAAUGUAAAAAUAUGAAUACAAUCAUAAUAACUAACAAUCACAGCUUUUGACGACUGUUACCAAUGUUUUCCUGGAUUGCUUGUAAUUUAUUGUCCACUGGCUGAUGUUGUCUGCUUUACGAGUCAUUUAAUGUCAAUUAUUGUGUAAAAACCCAAAUAAAUUUUAAAUACAGAACAGUUUUAACCACUUUAUAAAAAGAUUGGAGUGGAUUUGUAGCAUUUGGAAACUGUUUAGGACAUGAAUUUGCAUUUUGAUUCCCUAAAUGGAAGAUUUUUACCUUUUAAAGAUGUUUAAAUGACUUGUUAAGAUGAAUAUUUUUACUACUUAAAGUUGGAUCCUGACUCGCUUGCUGGUUGUGUUUCUUCACAGCGGUGAUGACACAGAAACAGACUCAGAGGUGGAGGACCGUGUGGAUGGAGUUAAGUCUUGGCUCUCAAAGAACAAAGGCGCGACAAAGACCACGUCGGAUGAGAGUAGUCUGAAGAGCACCAGGUCAGUACUCGCAACCUUUUGCAUCAUGGCAGAUUACUAUGGACUUCCCUGUUGUAAAGCAGUGAUAAAACUCCUCUCUUUCCCAGCCUUGAAAGGGCCCAGGAUUACCUGGGGCAGUUUGUAACAGAAGGAUGGGUAUUUCAUGUGAUUAGGUGUCAUCUCUCUCUCCCAGUAAUCUGUCUAAUGACAGCAGGCGGGAUGGGGAAGCGGCUGCUGUCAAGUUUAUUGAAGUGGCCCGUGGCCAGUUGGCAUGCCUGCUAAAUGACGUCUCUGCCACAGUUAGAUAGAUCUUCUCACUGGUUGAUUGGCUCACUUUCCACAGUGUACACUAGACAUAAUAGCAAUAGAAGGGGGUAUUGUAUUUGCUGCUUUACUCUAGACUGGUUCCAAGGACAAAAUGAAAAAGACAGAUUUAUUUUUCUGGCAUCUUUUGAGAAAUUAGGUGCCUACGUUUUUGAAACUCUUAUCUGAUCCUUCUGUUUGGUUUUAUCUCGCUGAAUGAAGCGUCAAAUCAGAAGAGAUGUUUCCUUUACAAUAUGUAGUUUCUGAUUUACAGCCUUUGUGUUCUGACGGUUUUAUUUGUAUGGCGUCACCCUAGAAACGCAGCAACUGCAGACACGAAAGACAUGAAGGAAGUCAAGGAGAAGACCAACGAUGGAAGCAAAGACACAAAAGAGUUAGAGCAGAACAGGUCAGUAUCUGUCAUGAGCUCUCUAAGCUACAGGAAACGCUCUAACCUCAAAGACUCCAUAGGAGGCAGAGGUGAUGAGAGCUCCCUGUUUAGCACUCUCAAAGAACAGCCCGACACACCAGACCACUCCUCCAUUCGCAAAGCCAAGUCUAAGUCUGGAGACCUCCAGGAGGAUUGGAAGAAAAGCCAGGCGCAGGAGGAUUUGGAUGAUAAAGGCUCCGUCAUCUCCAUGGCGUACUCUGAAGCCACCAGUAGAGCCAGGAAGGGCUUUGAGUCCCGCUGGACCUCCCGCAGCAGCCCUGAAUUCGAUAAGGAGUCUAUGGUGUCCUCUGUGGCUCCCAGCAGGAUGUCCACAAGGAGGGGAAUGUUGGACAUCGACGAUGACAGCAAGUCGGUGAUCAGCAGCGUGAGUCGCUCCAGUCCUCGCUCACUACACCGCAGCUCCUCCUGGAAAGACGAACGACGCAGCAGCUCACGCUUGUCUCUGGCUCGCAGCUGCGGCCUGAGUGAGUUUGGUUUGCAUGUAGAUGAUGACGACGACGAUGAUGAUGGUCGUAGUGUUGCUUUUAGCGAAGGGGGAACUUCAUCUUUCAGCCCUCGCUCUCUCAGCCGAAGCUUCUCUAACCCAGGACAACCGCGCUCCUCAGACAGCACUUUACCAGAAACAUCGGACAUCAAGACCGUCGCCCAUCGCAACUACCUAGAUCCUGAUUUGGAGGCUGCAAUCAAUGAGGUGCUGAGCUUCAAACCUAUAAAGUUCAAGCGCAGCAAACUCGACGAAUCAAGUGGCGAGGAAGAGGAGGAAAAGAAGGGACCAGGAAGUGAGGACAACAGGAGGAAAGGGGAGGAUGAAGGGCUUGGUACCAGCACAUCUGGCCUGCGUAAAUCUGCAUCAGGCUCUGCUCUUGACUACAAUCGACCAUCGAGCAUUCUGAGCAGCAGCAGCUCCCGCAGUCGGAGGGAUAAGAAAAGCAGAAUCUCACUCUCAGACGACUCUUCAUCAGAUGAGCGUCAAAGCAGAAAGAGCUCAAGAGGGAAGAAGGGCAAGAAGUCCAAGAAGAGAUCCAAGAGGAAGCCCAGCGAGUCAGAGGAUUCAUCUUCCUCCUCAGAGUCGUCCGAGUCAUCCUCUUCCGGCUCGACGAUCUCCUACCGCAGCUCCAACAGCGUUAAAAGGAGCCCGAAACAACCGUCUGAUGAUGAAGAGGAGCCCAGGCCACCAAGCAAGAAGGAAACAAAGAAGAAGCAGAAGAAGAUGGACAACAUGAUGAUGAAGUACCUCUACAGGGCUGACAGUGACUGAUACCAGCAGUGGAAGGUGAUGCUUGGUGUGAUGAUGAUAACCCAGGAGCCGGGCAUGACUAAAACGGAGACUAACCGUCCUUCACUGAGUGUGCUGACUAAGUUUGCUGUGUGCGCAUGUUUAUCCCCGAUUCAGACUCAGAUCUAGUAAAACCAUUGUGAAUCUUAACUAUCAGAUUAUACUUAUAAAUCUGGAUCUUUUGGUCGGUACAAAGUUUUGCUGUCGGUGGUAUUCAGGUGUCCGUGUCUGCUCGAUAUUUGGUUUGAAUUGCACGCUUUGAUUUUAAUGUCUAUAAAAAAGAUCGGAGGAAGGAAUUUUUGUAGAUUUAGAUGUUGUCUCUCAAAACCAAAUGGUGCCAAAAUCAGUCACCAGUGCAUCCAGUCUUCUGACCACUUUACGUGUUUUUACACCACCUGACACAUUCUCCCAUUUACAAUUUGAGCUGCAGUGGAAAGUGCUUGUCAAUGUUAUUUAAUCCCAAUCACCUGUACUCCGAUAACGCUGGCAUUUGAGAUAAGGUGUCUUGGCAAUGGACCAACGGCAUCUUUAACCAGCUAAGAAUUGCACCUGUUCCUCCCUUUUUAUUUGCAAGUAUUUGUCCUCGUUUCAACAGAAAGCCAAUUUACCCAAUCUACUUCUAGUUUCCAGCGCUGAGACACUUCAAAUAUAGUUUGUUGAGAGGUUUGCUCUAAUCCAUGAUUACAAUCCACUAAAGCUUCCUUUCUUCAAUGUUGCUUCAAGGUCUAUACUUCCAUCAUCAUUAAGUGUAAACCUUAAAAUACCACACAGACAUACUUUUGUUGAAAAGCAGUGUUCGUAUUCUGCGAAUUCGAGUAGCUCUCCUCGAUGUUGUGAUUGAUGCCGUUUUAAGUAGAUGUUGUUGAUGGAGGAUGCUUUCCUGUGGCUGUUCUUUAAGCACUAACAGAUGCCGGCAAUUAGGGACGAAUCUAAACGACACCAAUUUUGGCUGUAUUGUUAACUGAGAGAAGUUUGCGGAGAGGUGUGACAUGACUUAAUAGUGCUUGAUGUGGGUACUUUGCAUCAUAUUUAAAAUGCUAAGAUUAGCUUCAAGCUUCAAAAGCCAAUCUAUUUUAAGAGUAAUUGUGACAGACAGUUUAAGCAUCUCCGCUUGUGUUAUUUUGAAACGUGUAAAAGAAUUUCUGAUUUUUUUCUUUUCUAGUUGAGAGCUGUAUCUUUGGAUUAGCGCUGUAGGGCAAAUUAAUAAAUUCAGUUAUGCUGAGUGAACUGAAUAUGCUGCAGAUACAUGUAUAGUCCCAUCUACAGGGACAUUGGUCAUUUUACCAAUGUCCCUGUUCUCUCGUUCAUUGUGUUUCAUCAGUAACCCAUUAGCUUUACUUCCCCUUGUCACAGUGUAGAUGAAUCAUAUUGAUGCUGUCUUUACAAUGUCCCUGCUUUAGAAUAACAUCUUCAAGUAGUCCAGAUUCCGCUUUUCUCUGUAGCCUGACCUUGUACAAAUCAAUAUUAUGGAUUUGGGUACUAACACAGUCCACACUUAUUAUAUUCUCAAUGGGUAUGGUGUACAUGAGAGAUUUUAAGUAAUCUAGGUAUAUAUAUUUAAAGUGUAUAUUCAUGUGUAUAUAUGUGUAUAUAGAUAUUUGAUGUUUAUAUGUAUGGAUAUAUCUUUGUUUUAGUAUUAAUGAUUAGUUAUAUAAUCAUGCUAGACUUUGGAGCUUUGGUUAUUUUUUGCCAACAUCAGUAAAGGGUUAAUGAAUAGGAAGGAACGAGGGUAGGUACAUAUGAGCUGAAUAGCUUCAACCUACUCCUUUUCAAUCUCUAAAAAAAAGGAAUUCCUUGUCUAAAAUUGUGCUGUAUAUAUAUUUGAUCGAAUAAACAAUACAUUUCCAAUAUCAAUCAUUUCUAUUCUACAUUGAACCUCGAAAUGAAAACGUAAUUGAGUCUUUAACAUAAAAUUGUGAUUCCUGAUGUGUUGGUGAAGCAAGUUUAAGAAUGGUUUAGAAAACAUCUUUAACCCUCAGACCUAAUUGUGCCCCUUUCUCAACCAAAUUUGGACAUCAAAAUCUACAUAGUUCUAAGCAGAUGCAGUAUGAGUAGUAUAUAAUUUGGAUAGUUGACAGUUCCAGCUGAGAUUUGAUGAUGUUCUUGUGCUACUGGAGCAAAGAUUAGUGGGUAUGGAGGUCUUAGGGUAUGAAAUGUCUACAGUGAGUGAGUUGCCAUUAGAGUAAUGCACUGCUGUUCCAUGUGGUCAUGGCAACAUGCUUCAUGGAUAUAAAGCUCUGGAUUUAGGUGACCUUUUCAAAAGUGUAUUGGAUAGAAGCGAACUAGAACAGAGCAUAAAUAAUUGCCAGCUGUACUCUACUAAUAUUCAAACAUUGUGACACAAACACUUAUGCAUCACUCCUGUUAUUUCUUGAAAUCAUUCUUGUGGAUUGAUCUCCCAAUGUUCAUGAAUGAUCAUGCAUGGAAAAAACUGUAAUGCCAUGUUGAAAAUGCAAAUUAACAGUUAUUGUUAUUAGUUUGAUACGUGCACAUAUGCCAUUCAAACCACAUGGGUGCUGUUGUUUGCUACCUUGGGAUGAGUGUAAUCUUGCAGCCUAAAUUGCUUGUGGUGUCUCCUGCCAUAUUUUUUUACAAUGCCUUAUUCCUUUCAGUUCUGUUUCUCCAGCCUGCAGCCAAGUGAUGAUAUUAUGUUGUGUCUGUAUGUCUGUUGACCCUUAUAGCCCUCCUGUGUGUCGUAAACAGCCGGGUCUUGGCAGAUCGGAUGAGGAGGACGAGGCGGAGAGAGACUCCAGCAGGCAGUCGCUGAGGCAGAGCGACAGCGAAGGCGCAUUGGCAGAGAGUGCAUCAUAACCAGAACUCAGGUCACCCUUUUCUUUGAGUGACACCAAACACGCAGGUGAAACACGUCUUUUAGUCCACAACACUGACACCACUGUUCAGCUUGUAAGAGAGGACGGCUGCUUCAGCAGGACAGAAAGGAAGAGGAAUUACACUGAACUUUCUCUCAAGUGAAUUCAGCCUGAACUUUUUUGUUAUUUUUUAUAAUAUGGCUGUGGACUUGAUGUUACCUCUCUUGUUGAAUGGUGUUUUAAUUAAUUUAAUGCAACAUAUUGAAUAAGGUCAUUGAAACAGUGAAGUUAAGCGCUAUCAAAAGAACUCCCUGCUCCUUCUUUACUUAUAAGAGCUGCUUUUCAGGCAAAUUUAAGCUCUCCUCUGGACUCUCUGCUCAGUCUUCACAUAGCUCUGCCAAGAGGAUUUAGAUAAGCUCGCUCCUCCAGGAACCUCUGACCAACUAUUAAGACUGUUCUUAUCUCAUCCCCAUUACUGGGAACUGGCGCAGUGGGAGGAAUUAACCCAUUUUCAAUUAAUUAUCAUGCUGUAAGUUUACAUUUGGCUCUUGUUCCAAGUCCAGAUAUCAAUCACUGGAACAAAGUGAUGCUGGGUCACUGAUCAGAAAUGAUCACAGCUAAAUGGCUUCUGAAAAAUAUAUUUAUAUUUAGACCAGGCUGUUAGAGGUCAUAGAUUUAUUUGAAAUGGAGUAAAGCUUAAUCUGAUUUCAAAGUGUGUGAAGAGAUUAAAUAAAUAUCUAUUAUAUAAGGAAUCAAAGCCUAUACAUGAACAUGCUAUUCAAGUGAAUUCAGCUAUUUUUAAAGCUAGAGAGAGAGUGUUUUAUCACAUUAAGGUUUAUGCAAUAUUCUUGAUGUAUUUCUGUUGGGUAGUUUGCAUGUUUUGAUCUGUUUGGAUUGGUUGUUUGAGGUUCAGUCGUGCUUUUGUCCACCAGUGUGAUGUCUUGUCAAGUUCAAAGGGAAUGUAUUUUUUUAUUACUUUGCUCUCAUAACGCUUCUUUUAGAGUUGUUGUUUUUUCAGACAUUGCAGAUGCCAGGGGUGUGUCCAGACUUUGUAUUUUUUUAAUGGGCUGGCCCAUUCUGGGGCACUGAUUUAUGAGGGGAGGUGUGAGUAUGUGCAUACAGACCCACAAAUGAAUAGGUUUUCCAUAUUCACUUACCAUAUCUUCUUUAACUACAAAGUUUAAAUAUUAUCCAGACUUUAUAGCAGUAUUACUUUAAGGAGCAAGAUGAGACAGUAGGAGCAUAGAAACCCUCUAAACCUAAUUAUUCAAGGUCUCAAGAAGAUGUUGUUGGUCCAAAAUCACAAUCAUAAGCUACUUUAAAUACAUUUUAAUAGGAUUAUUUAUUACAUUCAUCUUUUCUUCUCCUAUUUAUUCCACACCUGCUUCAUUAAAUAGAUGAGUAAAGUAUUUUCCAUAUUUUUAAGGACCUAUAAAAGAAAUUGUGAUAUAUUUAGUUGCUGCAGAAACUGCCUUGAACCUGUUACAACAGCCCAAAUAGUUGACUUCAAAAUAAGUCCACCAUUUGAUUACACAAAUAGCCAAUUAUAGCUCAGGAUGACAACAGGGGUGGCCGAUGAGCAUCCGUGGGGCCCACCCCAGGUUGCUCCUCUGGACACACCCCUGGCAGAUGCAGACAUGUUGGUUUAUUUUUCAAAAAUAAAGAAACACUGAAUCUCGACUUUAUAUCACAGGUAAAGAUCUUCAACUGCCGUGGGGGACAUUGCUCUGUUUUCAUCGCAUCUUGUUGCAGGUGUGCAAUGCAUAUUGUCUACAACUGAGGAAAUCAUUUUGGCCAUAUUGGUUAUAGCAGUAAAAGAAAGACAGUGUUUUCAGUGAAGUGUUUUCCUAAGAUUUAAAGGUGCCAAAGACUGUGUUCAUUUGAUGGUGUGUGUUUUUUUUCAUGGAGUGAGAUUUUAAGUGAAAGAUUUCUUGGCAGACUCUAUCUUUACCUCAUAGACUACUGCCAAAAAUAACCUUAAAUUUAACCAUCCUGCCCACAUGAUUAAAAACCAUUAUGUGAUUUUUAUUCAUUUAUUUUUUGCUGGUUAGAGUUAGACAGAUAUCUUUAGCUGUAUGUGACCUAAUGAAUUUUAAACUCUAUUUCAAUAACCUGUAGGUGCAUCUAAAAAGAGAAGCAUUAACUUCAUAUCCAUGUGUGUACUUUGUGCUCAUGUGCAAAGAAAAGCUUUAAGUGUCUGGCUUGCUAUUUGCAUAUCUUCUCAGAAGAGACUAAUCUGCAUUUCAUGUCUUAUUUUCUCCCUUUUUUUUCUUUGCCUCACACAUGAAUAUUAAUGCGGGACACAGUAAACUUUGAUGUGAGUGAAUCAGAAUAGACUUGUUAAAUGACAAAAACAGUGCAAGUGUCACUUCCUGGAAGUUGGAGUUGCUGGUAUAAUGCAUAAUGUUGAAAAAGUUUGUACACUGGAGUGUAUCUUUAAGAGGACUUGUCUAUUUUUGUGAUUAAGUGGAUUGUUAUUUAUAAUCUGAGUGAUUUUAGAG